CCCAGUUUCAAUAGCCAUAAAAUCCCUGGUUGCGCCCCUGUUAGCAGGAAGCCUAGGUCACAAGCAAAGUAAUGAUACCGCUCAUGCGCUUUGACUUCACCGUGAUUGACACACGGCACGCGCGCGCUCGCGUGCACACGCCUACUAAAGUAUUUCCCCACGCUUUGAAUAAGCGCAUAUUUUUGUCAAAGCCUUCAGCUGCAUUCCGGUUAUAGUAUAUGACAGAAGUCAUUCCACACGUGGAGUCACUGCGUGUCCUUUGACCCCCCUGGUUUCUAAAAUAGAGAGAGACGACCUUGUGGAGACUUGAGUCAUAGCUGCAGUUGUUGAAUGCGCACUUUUGGCCGUCCGUCAAAGACUUUCUCACGUUGGGCGUCUGAGGUAAGGAGCCAGCAAGAGUUGACAUGUUUGUCACAUCAUCAGCGCUGACUUGUUUCACGGACUAAAAGUUACUUCAACUUUUGGACACUUCGAAGUUCUCCUCGUGGGAUUUCAAGACGAAACUUUGUCGACUUUUCAUCUCUCCUGUUGUUCUUCUUAUGGGUAAGUUAUCACUUCUAUCAAAGUUUCUGUCAGAAAAAAAAGCCAGUUAGCCGAGAGUUAGUCUUUGUUUUAAAAGGGAAAGUCAGAACGUGUACAGCCAUCAGUGGCACCGGAGCAUCACACAGCAGGUCCUAUUUAUCACCUUAAACCAGGUAAAGACUUUACCUCAGCGUAAUGUGGUUCCUGUGGCGCUCAGAGGCAGAACAAUCAAAAGGGAAACAGUAGGACUUCACAUGCAGGUUGCUGUAGAAAAAGACUCAAAGCUGGCGAUGAAUAAUAAAGGCAAGUCAGGGACAAAAUGCCUUUCAGAGUUUUGCUUUUCUGUGUCUACCAUUCAAAGUCUGUCAUGGAGAUAAUAGCCACAACCUCUCUCCGGAGAUUAGCGUUUUUAUAUGCAUACUGUUGUUUCUUCUUUAUUACGUUAUUACAAAACAGUUUCUUUUUAUUUCAUAAUAGCAGCUGCGUUUUAUACUAAUUGUAAUCUCUUUCAUGCGUUUAAUAUUUACUGGUUAUCUUCUGCCAGCUAUGCAGCUAUUAUUCCUGAUGUGUUUGAGUGAAUUACACAUUCUCCCCCCCUCAGUGAUUCCCUGAGGAGUGUUGAACUGUUUUUUAAUAGGCGCAAAAGUAAGAGACUACUUUAGAAAUCAUUGCAUAUUUCAUGCAACUUUGAACUUGAAAGGUCUUGUUGGUAAUGGUUGUGAUGUUUUAUUGGAUUCCCUUUUCCUCAAACUGGGCACAUUUUAACCGUGUGCCUACAGCUGAUUAAAUGUGAAUGCUACUGAGAGCUAAGGUCAUCAUUUACCAUAAGUAUAGUGAACAGAUUUCCAAAUUUGAACAAAGAUGAGUGAUCGUCCGGCUCAUUUGUGUUGAACUCACUUGCUCACUUGUCUUCUCCCUCCUUCAGUAGUCAGAACUCCUGAAGUGAAUGCAAAUGCUUUACAGCGUGAUCACAUCUCUCUGUGUGUCUGAUCUACUGUCCUGACACUCAGAGAGUGAAGAGGAGAGUUGGCUGCUGAGUUUCUCAAAGCUUUGGCCACACUCAGUCCUGUGAAGGCGGCCCAUUCAAGCCCCUGCAGCUUUCUCGUAGCCAAAUGGGUCGAGUCUCUCUCUCAUUGUUUGACCCAACUUGACUGAAAUGUGGUAAUUGGGGAAGUCCUGGGAUCCUCAGCUCCCCGUGGUGUUGUGUUGGGCAGCCUUUCAAUAAAUUAAUUUACAGUACAACAAGUUUUUACAUGAGAAACAGGUCAGCUUUUGAUUAAGACUUUGAAAAACAUCCAGUUAUGUGUUUAUUCAAGCAUGGUGAGCUCUAUCUCCCUCUGAUUUGUUUGCUUUCAUGUCCAUGAGGUCAUGCCAUCUUCUAUUCACAUACAAUUAUCACCUGCAAGGAAAUGCCAGAGCACCAUGAAAACAGGUGCAGAUACUCUCCUCAGUGGUUUUCUUUCAGGCAUGCCAUGAAGGGAAUUCCCUUAAAACCUUAUAACUGCACCCAGUUUAGUAUUAGCAAAAGUCUAAGAUAAUGACUUUAGUUUAGCAUGCUAAAACAAGGACCAUACACAUCUACAUUUUUGUAAUACUAAGAAAAGUGAUGCUACAGAACAAGAGGUUGAUUAAUUUCCUUAACAUAUAUUGGUAGAAGCUUUUUAUCAUUUUGUUGUAUUAAAUGUGAAGAUUCCUGAUUUUCUACUCUUUCAUCGGUAUAAACUAGCUGUCUGCAUUUUGGAUGGAAAAAAGUUUUACACUUUUGUCUGCAAAAUGUUAUAAAAAAGUUUAAUAUAUCCCUUAUUUCCCAGUAAAACAGAAAGUGGUGUUGCUACAUGUUCUGUUCAAUGUAACAAACAGUCCCAAAACAAAAGACGUCCACUUUGCUGUCAUGUAUAACAAAAGAAAAUCGUUACAUCUUUUAUUUUGGAACUUGCAACUGUUUGGCAAAGUGACUAAAAAAUGAUUCAGAAACCAAAUACCUGUCUAUUGAUUUUUUGUUGACUGCUGCAGCUCUGCUUGAAUUCAUCAGUCCUCUGAAAACACAGUCAUUUCUAGCUGUGCCUUUUUCAUUGUGCAGGUUUAAUUCAUUCUUUUUCUCAGAAAAUCAGUGUGUUGCUGCGUGUUUUGACUAAGGGGUUCUCCAUAAAAUUAGAUUGAAUCUCCCAAAUCCAUUGCUCACGGCAUUUUGUGCCUUAUUAGAGGCACAGAAAGGAUGAUAAAUUCUAAAUGUCAGAAGGCGAGUGGUUUGUCUGAGUGCACUUCUUAUGAAGCGAGCGCUUGGAUGUAAACCGACAGUACAUUCAAGCUGGAAAUGUCAUAAUGCUUUGACACCAUGAAAUGGAAAUCAAAACUUUUCCGGGCAAAUAGCUCCCCAGUGGCAACAAUGAGAGCACAUCAAAGUAAGUGUCCAGUAAAUCACUUUGUUCUGCUUCCUCCUCAGAGGUUGUACACAGCAGUUUGAGCCUGGGACAGGUAUAUCAAGCAUGUGUCGCCACAUGCCAAGUACGCUGCUGUCUCCACCUAUCUACUUAGCCUUCCAGAGAAAAAUACCAGAUAAUAGCUUCUCAGGAACCUCUGUAAUUGUAUAAUUGAAGCCUGUCGGAGGAGUUUUACUAUAUUUACUCGGCAGUAUGACUGUAGGUCUACAAGUGGCAAGCAACAAAAACACCUCCAACCCGUGACAUUUUGGCACACAAGUAUCAUACAAUUACUGGGUUAUCAGGACACCUAAUUUCUGGCAUAUUUACCCAAGAGUCAGCCAUCGUAAAUGUGUCAGAAAUAAGUCUAAAUUGCCGCCAAAUGUGUAAGACUUAACACAGAAUAUAUUUAGCUGCUGUCAGCAUCUGAGUAGCUCAUUGUUAUCCAUUAGAAGAAUCUCAGCAGUGUAAGAGCCUUACCAAGCAGGGGGCAAGUUUCUUAGCCACUUAAUCUUAGACAAGCUUGGGGGAGUAAAACUCAAUACCAGUCACUCGUGCCAGCAGCAUUGUAUUAUCAACAUGCAGCAACUCCAUGACAGAAUAUCACCCAAGCUAACAAUCGAAAUGAGUGGCAGCUAAACUAAGAGUGGAAAAAAAUUCUUUAUUUGGUAGCAUCCAAAAUAGCGCUAAAGCCCAUAUUAAAAUGCAGAUCUACAGACAUAUAUUUCAACCCCAAGCUAUCAUAAACCAAUAGAAGUUUGCAAAAGAAAGCAGCAGUGGUUGAUUGGUGGAGCAGUAACAUACAAAGCGCAAGAGUGAUGAAAAGAAAAAACACAGUGGCCAAGCUGAAAAUUGAGGAGUUAUUUUAGGAUUGUUUCACAGCAGUUAGGCUCUAAAUAAUCUAGUUCCACAAACAUGCAAGAAAGUGAAGGGUUUUUUAAAUUCGCUGCUGGGGUCGUGCUUCUGCCUAAAUUCUAUGGUCAUGUCUCUCUGCUCCACCCUCUGUCACAGUCACUGCAUGGCCUCAUCUCCCCAUUCACAGAUUGGUUAAUACUGAUGUUUGAUUGAUCCUGUUGCCAUCUCCCAAAGACACAAUGCUGCAUGCUAAGUAACUGACAUCAGAGACAUUUAAAGAAUACAGAGAGCACACACUCUGCUUGCUCUUCUGCAGAUACAGACACCAUGAUUACUUUUAGGAAACACCUAUUUUGCCUUUUAUCAUUGUUAUAUUGGUGCGUCAACUAUUGUCCAUUUCACUGACUGUACCAACAGCACAACGUACAAGUUUAUACAUUUUUGGGGCCCAGGAGUUCAACUUUCAUUGCAGAGGUAUUGAAACUGGUAACAUUUAUUUAUUUAUUUUUUAUCAAAGGGACAACUCAAGAUUACGCUGUCUGGGUUGUAGAUAAUUUUGUGUCUUUCACUUCCAGAAGGUUUAACAUCGUUAAAUAAGAUUAUAAAUUUAAAGUCAUGGCAAAUCAACCUCAUUGUUGGAGAUUUAUUGACAGAAAAGACACAGUUAGAAAUUGGUGUAAUUAAAAAGCACAGGAGAGGAGCAAAGCCACAUGAAAUCAAAACAUUUCAUAUGACAAGCAUCACUUCAUAAAAUCAAAACGACAGGUAGCUGUUUAGUAAACAGAAGCAUAUUGUUCAUCCCUGCAAGAUGUUUUACUAAUUUAGCCAGCUUAAUAGGUUAAAUAUUUUUAUGUGCAGAACCUUUUAAUUACUGUAGAAGGAAACAUUUCAAAUGAGCCACCACCAUCAUAUUUUGAAAUCAGUCACUCAAUUCUGCAAUCAGUCUGUGGCAAACAAAACUAAUGAUGGAAAUGCUGCAAAAUAGCUCAUACCCCCAGCAGGACGAAGCAUGAUUUUGAAAAUAAAAAGUGAUUGUGAGGGGCCCAAUACUCACAUGUUUUACAUAUCAAUGGCCUCGGGGAGAGAAUUCAUGUGGAUUAACUGUUUAAGCACUUUUAAGAAGAUAAUCUGCAAAUACUGCAUACGUGAAUAAAUUUAGCAGCCUGCGUACUUAGGAAUGUGAGAUAACAGCUGUCAGAAACAUAGUGUCACACUCUGUCUGUGCAUGUUUUCAUGGGCAAGCUGAAAUUGGCCCUGCAUCAUCUUUUCGUGAUAGUUCAACACAAAAAUACCUUUCAUCACCUGCAACCAAGCGCAAAAAGAAAAGUAAUGAAGAGAAAAAGAAUCUAAAGCAGAAUUUUUGUGUCUGAUAAAGAAUGGCAGGUGGCUCUUCUGCGUCUUUCCCAUGCUCUUUCCUGCUGUGAGUAUUAGUCAGUGUAGUAGUUCCCUGCCUCUGCGCCAUAAAAGGACACGCAGGAAUCCCUUCUCCACCUCUCGCUCAAUAAUUUAAUGAUGCUUGGGUGGCUUUGAUCAGAAUGUGGCCAUGAAAGAGAAACUAAACGGCUCGAGCACUGAUGUGUGUAUUUGGUGAGGGGGAAUUUAUUGCUCUCCUCCGAGGAGAGCCGGUCCACAUUUGGAAUGCUUGUGAAAUAUUUACAGGAGUCACUGGCACAGGAACUUACCGCCUUCAAUGCUGCAGUUUAAAAUAGAGGGAUCACUGUCAGAAUCACUGAUUAUGUCCUCACAUUGUGUAUCUGGUCUGUCUUCCUGCUUACGGAUGCUGACAGAUUUGUCAGUAUCAAACAUUCAUCCAAUGACAAGGUUUAGCUUGUACCCCACAGAAAUGUUUUCAGUAACUCUUUCCAGUGAAGAUUCCAACAGUCUUGUUACCAUGGUGCCUGGCUUUCUGCCUCUUAGCUCUGGCAUGUCCUAACAACCAAGAGCAAAGGUCAUGACCGCUCCAGCCGACAACUGUUUGGUGAAAUAAACGCCCCUCGCAGGGGGCACAAAUAACUUUGCACUCUGUCUGAGUUGGAGGAACUGAAGUUUCUCAAGCGGGCACAAGAGGACAGGGAUGAUCUGGCUUGGAGGGAUAUCACAUAUGCUGUCUGUAGACUCUCUUCACCCCUUAAGCCACACUCAGGAUCUUGAGAUGCCUCCUACAGCAAGUAAGAAACAUACUUUGCUGGCACUUGACAUGUUGUUUGGGACAUUCAUCUGUACGCCUUCUUUUGAACAGUGCCCUCACUGUUAAGUUCCCCCUUUUUGGGACAACGCUCACUUUGAGACAGAAACACGAAAAUAAAAUGUGACAUAUACAGCACAUCUCCUUGUUGACAGCAACAGAAUGUCCCGGUUACCAGACUAUGAAGUAAAUAUCCUCUCUGCAUGCGGUAACCUCCUCCAGGUUUCCGAAUGCAUUAUUCCAAAAUCUAUUUUCUUUUUGGCCUGGAACCUGGAGAGAAGGGAAAACUUUCAAGGCUUGCUCAAAAUCAGGUCAUGUCAUGCAAUCAACAUGAGAUCUUCCCUUACAGCAGGCACAUGUGUGUGAAAACAUAUUGACAAGAGCUCUCCUGUGUUUGACAGGAGUGAAGAAUGUGACUCUGAUGCAUGGUCUCCAUGUUCGUGCAUGUUCUCCAGCCCUAAGGCUGGGAUGAUCCACAUGCAACAUAAUUCUCACUGAUUCUAGGUUAAAUAGUGACUCCUUCAGACAUCUGCCAUGUUGGAUCUAGUGCAAUCUGUGAUUUUGUAAUACCUAACAUAUUUGAGAGAAGUAUUCAGAUCCUGUUCUUGAGUGAAAAAAAAAUUACCAUCACUCAAAAGAUGGACAUUUCAGUCUAUUCAUUUGGUUUUUAUGCAGAGUAUCAUAGGGUUAUACAUUCUUAGUUAUCAGGCAGAAGCAGAGUUGGAUUAAUAGUGCUUAUUAGGUUGAAUUCAAUAUAAAUGCUUGAAUUGUCAGUUUUCUUGAGGUUUAAGCUUAAAAUUUAAAUAUGAAUUGUAACCAGUAUUAAUAUGAAAUGUAUGAGAGUUUAUCCCCAUUUACAAAUUCUACAUAAAGGUUGUCAUUUGAGUAACGAAUGUGAUUGACACUCUGAAGGUCACUCAGUUUUUAGUUUACUCAAUCCAUCAGGAGUAAUUCAUCAGACCUCUAUUAAAAAAUAAAAACAAGCAUUUCUUCUGCUGUAGAGGACAAAUCUGACAGAGCUUGAAUUUUUACACGUCUCUAAAUUUAGCCAUGAUGAUUGUAGUCCUUUUACUUCAAACAUAACAUCGUUAGCAAAUUUAUCACAAUUAAACUGGUUAUGGCUUAAUACAUUUAAAUGAAGCCUCUGUAUAAUUGACCAUCUGCUGUUGAGCUUAAACCAACUAUAGAUCAGAAAAACACUAUACACCAAGUCUCCAGUAACCAAGAAAUGACAGUGUUUAUGUUCAAAGUGGAAAUGCUACACAGAGAAGAGUCCGGGCUGUUGCUAACCAGUGGCUUCAAUAGAAAUAGAAAGAAGUUGGCAUCCAUUGUCAGAGGCAUAUCGCCUGUUGUUGUCAGAUGAUCAUUGUUGAAGUUUGCCAUAGAGAUAAAGAGAUAAAGUGCCUAAAAGGACAGUCAGUCAUCAUCUGUUGGACUGGAUUGGGAUCAUACCACACAAGUUUGAAGUUUGUGCCACAUCUUACACUUAUUUCAUUGACAACAAAUCAGAAAACUGCUGUAUAGAUUAUGGAAAAAAAUAAAAAACAGAAAAAUAAAUGGUAUGACAACUUCCAAUGAAUAAACCAGCUAAAAUAUAUUCUAUAAAUUACAACGUAUGACAAGGCAAGAAAAAUGACAGACUUUAAUAUAUUGAAUUUGUCAAUUAACUUGUAAAUCAUUUAAGUUUUUCAGUUCACAGUUUGAAUAAUCAAACUUAAGAGUAGAAAGGUUUGUGGUGUCUUAGGUGUGAGUGACUGACCACAUGUUACAAAUAUCAUCUUAGCAGCUUCUUUUAUAAUCAUUUGAAGCAGCUGCCUUUUCAAAGAUCGGCAUUUUCCCCUACGGUGAGCCUGUUGCACAAGUGUUGUGUGAGCUUGUUUGAAUUCCUACAGUGUGUCACAGCGAUACAUGUUAUUUUACCGUCAUCGUAUUUUACCCAUACUUUAACUCUCAAGUUCAGAGCUUUACUUUUAUACACACUAUUUGGGGAUUAAUGAUGACCCUCGUACCUCAAGCACAUUGAUUUUGCUCAUCUACUGCUGGUAUUCCUAACAACCGGCCCUGAACUGAAUGUGUGUCUUUUUCAUGCUGCUGGAAUUUGAUUCAUAUGCUAAUGAGCUGAAUUCCCAUGGAUUUCUCUCUCCUGUGCUGUAGAUAUCACCCCAAAUACUCUCUACCUCCCCCCUCCUGUGUUCUGUCUGUUUUUGUCUUUCCUUUCACUCCCUAACUUUCAUGCUCUCCCUGGGUCUCAACCUUGCUCACAGUUAUCCUACACAGGAUGCUUUAUAUGGUAGUAUGCAGUUCUACCGUUUUCUCUAUUGCCUUCCGGCCAAGUAGAGGUUCAGCCAAAUCAGCAAGCCUCUCCUCCUUUCUCUCCAGUGCUUCUCUUCAGUGAGCAGAUAAAGAAAGAGGAGGCAGCUUGAAAGCUUCUGUUCAAAAUGUCCAUGGAUACGAUAAAAUAAUGGUAAAGCCUGUACUAUACAACUCAGACUGUAAUCGUCAUAUUCAGUUCAGUGUGAUUACAUGUCACAGAACUGAGUGUCAUAGCAAUAAAUGAUUUUCUAAAGACGGAUCCAGAUUCAGUUUUUGUUCUAAUCAAGCAGCAACAUGUUGUGUUAGGAAAUGAUGUGAAAAUGAACUUUGAAGAGGGAGUUCAAGAAGGUGUGAAACUAUUGAGGGGUAAAAAGUUAAGAAAAAAAAAAACACAACAGCAGUUCCUAAAGUGUCCUCUUGAGGCUGGCUUUAAAAACAGCAAAGCCAUUACUGCCCAUUUGAACAUGUCUAUUUAAACAAGAUUUGACAUGUUACCAGCCUGGUAUAAAACGGAUUUGUUCUCUGUACUUCUGUUUUCAUGUAACAACUAUCCAGAUGAUAAAUCUGAUAUGAUGCAUGUCUUUUGUUUCUAUUAAGACUAAUUCGGCUUAAUAAUAGGUGAGGCUAAUUGUGGUGACAGCUGGGUGCAUAGUCGUUGUUCGCCAAGAGUUGACGUUCUGGUUUAACAACGCUUUAGAGAAGUCAACCAAUGGAUGGCAUUACUAAGACUUCAUCCACAUUGUAACAGUCUUUUGUCUCUCACCCUAACUAAACUUGUGUUUUAGUGUAGCUCAGUUACAACACUGCAUUAUAACAGAUCCUUUUUUUUUAAUUUCCACAAAGCUCUUCUAUCUCUAGAUACCAAUAACAUUUAGAAAGAGCAUUGAAUGACUGUGUGGCAGUAGCAUCAUUUUUAGCCAACGCAUAGGGGUGAGAACAUGUUGUUUUAACAUAUAUUUGCUGAUGUGGGUGGUCAUAGUGGGAAAGAGGAUUUGGCAAUUUUAAUCUCUUUUUGUGUCCAAUACAGAGCACAAAUGGCUGAUGGUCAAUGCUGCUGAUCUGGCCAACAAUCAACAAUUUUAGUUGAAGCUAAAAGCAGGCAAUAAAUAUGACUCAAAAUCUUCAUUUCAACCUCUUCUGAUGAAGAAGUUGAAGGAGUAUUUCUCUGUAUAUUAAAUGUUAUUUUAAAAACAAGAUUUCUCUUUUUUUUUUUCAGUUUUACAGAUCUGUAGAUGAACGAUUGUGCCCCACUAGCAGAGGAUUCAGAAAGUCCCAAAACUCUGCUCUAUAUCAGAGCCACAAAUCAAUUGCUGUUGUGUUCUUUGAAUCUGAUUGAAAUGCAAACCAACAAGAAGCAGAACCACCUCAGUGACCAGCCAGGAGUUAAAAUUUUAUUUUUAUGAGAGGGGAGUUCCCUCCUCUUAAUCUUGGUGUGUUUCUGAUGCAAGGGUCAUCACUAAUGUUAAGUCAUUGGUCCCUAGAGGGGCAUUUUGAAGCCCAACAAUGGUGGGCACCACAACAUAAAUGCAGACUUAGCCUAAAGUUUGAUCAACUUAAAGACUAAGAGGUGGAGCUAUAGCAUUCUGACCAACAGCUGCAAAAAAACUCAACUCAUUUUAACUUCUGUUAUACUCUUAGCCCUGAUAACAAUUUUUUUUUCUAAAAAAAAAAAUUGUAAUAAUGAUUCCCCAUAUUGUGUGCAUAAAAAAAUCACCAAUUAGUUAUGUACACAAACUUGUAUUUGAACCAGACUGUUAGCAUGUUUAAUUCUAUUGGAAAAGCUAGCCUUUUAACAUUGGAGUUAAUGAGAAUUCAUUCUUCAAGGGGGUACUUGAUAAACUGCAGUUUUAGCAAUUCUAAAUUGGCUUAAAUUUUUGAUACCAUCAGUUUUUACUCAAGUUUUUCUUUUUUCUUUUAACGUUUUCUUUUCAUGUUUUUUGGGGGAGCGGUUAAACUGUACUUCCCUCUCCUCAUACACGAUAACAGACAGUGUUACCAGUCUGUUAAGUUGAAUAACUGACACAUUGCUAUAUGUCGUCUUUACUCCAUACAGUCCCUUUGUGUGGGAAAAGAAGGUAUUUGAUAAUUGUUAGGUAGCAGACUUGCCGGGUAGUUGUUAUACUCUGUAAUUUACAGUAAACAGGCUUCCGUUGAGUUUUGGCCGUGAAUGUGAGAGCAGCCAGUCUCAGAUUAAUCACAGCCUGCCAACAUGUUCAGUCUCUGUGUUGAAACAUUUAUGAACCUGUCCAAUGUCUUUGGUUGUCAUGUGACCCACCUGUUCACAAGCUGUAAGAUGUCAAGCGGUGUGUCAUCCGCAUACAGAUUGACUGGGUCACUUUGUCCCUCACAACAUUUUUUUCUCUGCUAUAGCACCCUCCUUCAUACACCCGCUCCCAAACUUCCGACCCAACACAGUGGAACUCCUAAAACACUCUUUAAUGGACCCUUUCAAUAGGGAGCGCAGACCAGAACAAACACUUUCAUUCAUGAUGUUCCAAAAAUGCAAAUGAAGCAAGGUCCUGACACUUUCACAGGGGUACCCUUGUCAUGGGCUUGUGUUCAACAGCAGCGAGGCUAUCACUCACACAGGGUGAUGCAAGGUACAACUCCUAUGUUAACUGUCCAGAGAGUAAUUUAGACCCACCAAGUUGAUGAGUCUCAUUGAACACCAUUGACCAAGAGCCAUAGCCCUCUAGGUAGCAGAUUAAGGGCAAACUGGGUAAAUGCAAGAAAUUGGAGCUCAUGAACUGGUUUAGCUGCUAUUACCUGCUGUAUUUUGAUGAGUAUCAGUGGAAUAUUUUUUUUCAUACUUACAGUCCCUUGUCAGAGCUUGUUCUCAUGUGAUAAAGUUUGAUGAAUAGUUUUGAAGGUGCACUUUGAGGUGACUCAUGGGCCUUACUCUUUCUGACGUGUUGCAGCAGAUGCCUUCAAACCCAUUGAUUGCCAGCUCAUCAUGACUAAGCUAAUAAGUCAUUUGUUGCUGAUGAGCUUCUCACAAGUGUGAAGAUUUUCUAAAUGAGGUGGAUGCCAGCUUGAUUGCCUGUGCUUUUAUUUUCCCACCAAGAAUGUGGUAAAUGUUGAGAAUUUCAGUCAUCAUCUCUCUUCGUUCCACCCAGAGCUGCUAAGAAAAUUCAGCGUUUCUUUAUUCUGUAAAUAAAACAAUAAAUCUAAUAACUGUGUACUGUUACAGACUCACAUGACAGUUAUUAAAAGUAUCCAUUUUUAAUCUGCAAAGAUUAAGUUUGAUACCUGUAAAUAUGACACAUGCUUGUGGGUUUAAAGCCCUGGCUUAGACUCUUUUCACCCAGACACACAGCUGUUAAGGUAGAAAUAUCACUCUUCGCCCUUUUUCUGUUUUGUUUCAGAAGAAACUAGGCUGCAGGUGCUGGCCGUUUAGACUGAGACCCAAAAGGUUUUUUUUUCUUUUUACGGUGACAGGAAAAUCGCUUCUUUCUCUUUUCCUUUUCUUUUCGUCUGCCUAGGGCUUGAGCAAUGACAUCCAUAAAUUAUGUUUUCAGUGUUUAAAAGGAGAGGUGGGAGAGAACAUGUGGGAGAGUGAGAGUGCUCACAAUAGUGUUUGCAUGCUACAAGACCAGACAGGUCUGGCCCUGAAGUGAGGCCUCACUUUACUUUAUGUGUUUGGGCACUUUGGAGAUGAAUUUUAAUCCCCAGGAUGAAACUGUUAUUUCUAAACAUCAUAAAAUGGCAUUCACCACAACCUGUCACUACUUAUGGAGGGAUCCCUGUAGCUUUGUGGGUGGCUAUUAUUGUCUGUUUUUUUAAAAGAUAGGAUGUUAGGAUACCAAAGCUGAAUUUGUUGCUAGUACCCUCUAUUGUCCAAGAUGGAAACAGAAAAUCUAGAGACAAAUUUAUGUAAAUGAAUAUGUGCCAUUGAUGCUACUGUUAAUGGUAUAGGUUUCUUGCAGCUUCAUCAGUAGUUUGAGAUCUGAUUUGUUUGGCACAAAAUCUACCAGCCAUUUAAUGUUAUCAAAAUGCUCUGUUAUCUGUUAUCAAAAGAAUCUUAGUUUAUAGUCUGAGGCUGAUUAGAGCCUUCAUUACAGCAUGUUCUCCACAGCUGGCUUAAUCUGAGUCAGUCAAUAAAGUCAUUUAAUAUUUUCAGCUUGUAAAAAUAGUUUCGCAGUUGUAAAAGUAGUUGUGUAUGUAAGAGGUAGUUAUCAUAGGAAUUUAUAGUAGGCUAAAACUGCAAUGUGUCACCAUGCUUAUAAAUGCAACCCUGUAUCAUGUCAUUUCUGCACAUGAGAGCGGGAUGAGAUGUUUGUUCAGGUCAUUGUGAGUUCAGUUCUCAAUAAACAGAAUUUUUUAACUGAAUCAGUGUGGUUUGAGGUUUAGUUCCUCUGCUGUGUCCUUGCUCAAUAGUUUUGGCCUUUAUUCGGACUGUUUUAGGAGUUGUGAUAAAUAUGUUCCUGCAGCAGAAAAAACCCUUCUCUGCUGUUAAAUAAUGUAGGCACCCCAACAUAUUAUAAUGCAAAAGGACUUUUAUUGAGAAGAGUUUGUGUUCAUCAAUUUUUAACAGAGCUAGUAGUGAUUCCAGUUUGUACUGUUUGGCCUGUUAUGCUUGGCUCAAGUCUGUCAAAUCAAACCAUUCCAGUGUUUAGCUCCAGACAGACCCAAAAAAAAUGUGCUAUAAGAGGUACACCAGCAUCUCUUCAGUUUGUGUAGAGAAUUCUGUUUUGUUCUUUAUGUUCGUAUUAAACUUCUUGUUAUUUAAUGCAGUUGGAGAUCAUCUUUUAGAGUGCCAACAGCGUACUUACAGGACCUAACUUAAAUAACUAACAUACUUAGAUCAUUGUAAAUAUCUUUUAGGUGAUAAUUUGAUAAAUAUCAAUAUGAUGGUCUUUCCUAUAACACGAUUCUUAACUAAGGGAAAUAAUUCUAUUGAGGUCUGGUCAAGAAAACACUUAAAAAUUUAAUAACAAUAAAACUUUUGCCCCAGUUUUCAUAUAAAAAGGUUGGUAGAGGCUAACUUUCAACAAAAUUCAGAGACCUGAAUGAGUAGACCGACAGGACUGGCUGUUUAAAAGCAAAAUUUCUCAGAGUUGUCAUGCUUCUUAAAAAAGACUUUUAAAACUUGACAGAAUGCCACUUUUCUUCCUUCAGGAUUAUCCCAUAAAACUAAUUACCAGCUUAGUCCAGACCACAGAGCACAGCACUGGUCUCUUUAUCUGCCUCUCCAACACACUGAUGAACUGUGUAAGGGUGAAGGAAGGUGUGAAGAGGUCUCCUCGUGGCCUUGUGGUGUUUGAAGGGAGGAAGUUGAGUGUGACUGCUCGUCUCCACACUGUCGCUCCCUGUGUUUCUAGCUGUGGCAAACUGAUUAAGCUGCUGAAUGCCACUCUUUGUCACUAUCCACUUCUAUAAGGGACAUUUUUUCCACUAUGAUUCAUGUUGUCUCCUAGCCUGUCAUUCAAAAGCCUUGUUUUUUUUUAAAUUGACAUUCAUUUAAGUUUAUUUUUCUGAGUUACCAGGAAUAUAUUUUUUCAAGCGAAAUGGUACAGAAAGAAGCAUUAUUUGUUUGAAAUACCCAACCUUAUGUUUUACGAUUUGGCAUCAAGAAUUUAAAUUUGUAGUUAAUAGCGUGACUACUGUUUGCGUGCCAGACUUGUUUGUGUUUAUGGAGGUAACGCUGAAAUGACAUUCCUCAAAGUGCUGUGUGCCAGCACAGGAACCACUUCAAGCUUGGCGGCUCUUUAAUGAGGCGAGACACCUCCCUUAACUCCUAAGAGGCACAUGUGCUCUGCUAAAGUAACAUUUACAUUACAAAAUGCAAGAAUGAUGUUCCUGCCUCAGUGGUAGAACUAAUUGUGCAUGUUUUAAUAAUCUCAAAGCCAAUGUGGUGUUUACAGUUUGUUUCAAAUUCACUGUAAGGGUUGAUCACAGGCACAGCUCAUGUGUUUAGGUCAAAGUGGUGAAUGUGAACGCUUUAUAACCUCAAUCUCCUCAUGUGCAUACUUUUUUCUCUGUUUUUAUUUUUAUGAGUGUGUAAAGGCUUAUAAAUAUGAGCCACUACAAGCUUUGGCUGGAAACCUGUUAUGCUUGUAUAGAAUGCAACAGAGUAAGCUCAUGCCUCUUUACAUAAUACUUGAAGCACAGGUUUGGUUUGGCGUGGAUGUGUUUGAUGUGUGUCAGAGUUGUUUGUGUGAAUUCCUGGUGUACAUGAUUACUGGCUUGCUGAAGUGCUUGAGGGACAGAAACAGAGUCAGACGCAUGUCACUGCACCAACAAGUAAAGAGGAAAAGACACAUUGACCUUAGAUGUAGGGGCAAUGUUUUGUUAUCACUUUAACUAGUCCGAGACUUUGGCGUAUUUAAAGUGAAUUUUUGGGAUAAUUUGCUUCUUUUCUUCAUCAGUCACUAAAAGCCAAUAAUAAAUUACUUUUAAGUGGAUCUUUUUUUCCAACAACUACAUGUUUAGCAUAAUUCAAUUAUUAAAAUUAUUCAAUUACUACUGUAUUUUUUGGACAUACAUCAAACUAGAGACAGCACAAGGACUUUGCCAGAAACCAGUUAAUGCAGUUAAGGAAGGUUUCGUGUGCAGGUAGUCAUGAAGGAUUGUGACGGAAGCCUUGAUAGUAAGGCACAUAUGAAAUUGUCGUAUUCAGAAAGUAACAAGUUAAUGUAUUAAAAUGUCACUCUGGGUGUAUCCCACAGUGAAAUGUACUCUUAUCUUAAACUAGAUAGUAGCCAAGGCUGCACAAUAUUAUUAAUCUCUGCAAUUUUGUAAAAAAAUAGUACACGAAUUGUAUUAUUCACAUAACAGUCUAAACUAAGAUGUCAUAAUGGAUUAUGACAUCUGUCAUAUUGACAUUAUAUAUUGUAGCUCAGCGGUGGAGUCUGUUAUCUGUCAGCUAGAAGGGUGGUGUUUGAUGGUAGCUCCCACUGUCACAUGCCGAAGUGUACUUGAGCAAGACACUGACAAACUGCCACAGGUGACAAAGUAAGCAGUGUUCAAUAUGAGUGGGAAUAGAUAAUACUGAUAGUCCCUCACUGUAGCCUUCUCUACCAUCAGUGUAUAAUUAAGUAAAUGUGAUAAGGAGUGAAAAAACACUUAUACUGUUACAGUGAGUUUUUCUGUACACUGUAAGUCCUUUUAUAUUUACUUUAUCUUUAGAUCAUUUGGUAAGGUUCUUUGAAAGUCAUGGCUGCGUGCAUGUCGACUGUAGUUCAGCCCUUUAUCACUCCUUUGAUCCCAUUAAGGUCAUGUGUAGAAAAUAGUUAAAAUGUUUGUUUGAUCUGGAAUAACAAGUCUGCCUCGCUUUGCUGAUGAGGUAUGACUGAAUCAUCUGUUAGACUUACCUACACAGAAACUCAAGGUUCAGAUUUACCUGGACACUGCAGGUUUUCUAUGUAUUUCUGACAUCUGACUCAGGAUCAGCCUUUUGACAGCAAGAGACUUGAAUCCACAUAACAUGCUGAGUCGUGUACCCCUGAAAGCAAAGCUAUUCUGCAGACAGUCUACCGAGCGUGUAAGCAGCUGCAGUGACAAGGUAACACUGAUUACAGAAACAUACACUCCAAGGCUGGCUGGCAUUGAUGAAUAUCUUUGUCCACAAGAAUCCAGGCAAUGUUGCGUUUUAGAAAUAAAACAAAAUAGAGAACCCAAAAUGCAGACUUAAGAAGUAUUCAACAAACAAAACUUCUUUUAUCAAAGUACAAAAUCAAAAAUGUCAUUUCACUUAAAAUCUGUACAAAAAAUAGUAAAAAUAAAAAGCCACAAGGAGGUUAAAAUUCACAUAACUGGGAAAGAAACUGGGUACAUUUGAGAGGAUGCAGUAAACUGACAUAGAAGGGAGGACACAGGGACUAAAUACAACCUGCGCACUUAAACACAGGUUUCACAAUGAGACACGGGAAAAACAAGUGGGCAGCACUCAAACACAAGCAUAGGAAGUAAAAUCAUACAGAAUAAGUAAAGGAUAAAACACAAGAAUAUGGGAACCAAGUGAAGAAAUACACAAGGAGUAUAGGGACAUAAGGAUAAUGACUUGGCAAAGUAGCAAAAGAAAUAAGAGCUAAAACAGCUCAAAUAACAACCAAACUACAACUCAGGAAACCAAACAAAAGCAACUCCAGAGUGUUACAGUAGCUGAGAGCUGACACUGUUUACAGGCAGGCUGUAUACAGACUUGACAAAGACAGAUAUCAGUUAACUUUUUUCUCUGGUGAUGGCUGCACUUGUUUUAUCAAACAGACAGUACUUGUAGAGAAGCCGUGAAAAGGAUUUCUUUUCCUCUGUUUUUACUCUGCAGUGAUGUAGAUAUUGUUUUACACUACAACAUAAGAUCUUAAUGGUACAUUUAUCAGUGCUAAGAAUUCCAGCAAUAUACUUUCAAAGUCCUUAUGAGAGUUACUUCUCCUCAAAGCCACCAUUGUUUUGUCAGUGGGUUUUGAAAUUUUUCUCUUGUGUCGUAAACUUCAACAAGGAAAUGAAAUGAGCAAAAUGACACAUAAGUAUGGGAUAACUUAACUAGUUUUGUUAAAUAGUUUACAUUUUUGUCAUAAUUCAACAGCCUAGAUCUAUACAUGAGCAGUUUUUCUUCAGGGGACAGAAAAUGGCUUUAAUUACACUUUCUUUGCGAUCACGUUUCUCUGAAACCUUCUGAAUUUGAAGAAUGAGACAUUUAGUUGUUGAGACCAUUAAGUUGGAGGGUGUCUGUAUACUAAGCUGAAACAAAGUUGACAGGGAGAAAGCACUCCAGCAUUUCUUCAUCAGCUGAGUUGUCUGCAGGCCGUCUUCCUGUCUGUCAGUCUCUGCUGUUGUUUAUGGAUGUCUGAAGCCUUUUCUGUCACUGUUGUCAUUGUCUGUGCUGUUGGCAGCAAAGCUUGUCAUGAUGUGUCUCUCUUUUGUGUCUGCAUUCUUAUGUCUGCUUGUUGGAAGCUUGGGUGAACACCCUUUGCUACCGUAUUUAUUGUUUUGAACAAUGUAUGAGAAUGAAAAAGAAAGAUAAAGGGGUCAUGACCUUUGUUGUCCUUUAUUACAGGUUUACAGUAAACACUAGGGUGUGUCCUGGCGGCCCUCUGUCCUUUCUUUGAUUAUACUCGUUAAGCACACACAGAAUGUAUAAUAAGUAUGGUAUUCUCACAGCUAUUUGAACCCAGUCAUCUUACCCUGAAGUAUGUCAAGCUUUUCUAAAGUUUGUUUGGAAGGUAUGUUGUAAAAACUAUGUAUUUGUGGGCUUUGUAUUGAGACUCAAGCAAAAGACUUGUUAUUACCGGAGAGCACCAGAGAGGAGGGCUGCUGUGGAGGAAAGGCAUCACUACAAAGGCACAAGGCAGUGCAACCUUUUCAGCUUGUCACCACAGGGGAUUUAGAUGUUAUUGGAGACACAAAGUUGGAAUUUACAAAUGAGGGCUGUCUGUAGUUUGUUUGAGCAUUCCUGUUGAUUGAGCAGGCACAAUGAAACUGGUCAUGAUCUAAAACCCUGAAAAUUCUUGGCGAAAGCCACAGCAUCCAAAUACAAGUAUGAACCCUAAAGCUGUUAGUCACUGCCUCAAUUGCAAUUGUUAAUUAGAAGUUGUUGUCUUAAUAUGUAAAUUCUGUAUCUAUAUUUUGGUAAGUCAUGAACACAAGAAACAAUCGAAAGGAGAGAGAUGAAAUGAUCCUCAUAUCUCAUAUCAACAACAUAUGGAGCUUAAAUGACCAAAAGCUGUGUGUAGAUAGGGCUGCACAAUUUGGCCAAAAAAAAAAAAACAAAUCCAGAUUUUUUCAUCUCUGAUUCCAUCUGGAUUCCAUUUUCAUAUUGAGUGACAAUUUUACCAAACUUCAUUUUAAUAAGUUUUUCUAUCAUCUCUCAUAAUGAAACCACUGAAAUUAAUGUAGUGCAUAUGCCAAGCCAGGAAGUGGUGCUGUAACGCUGCCCAGGAAAUGCACAAAAGACAGAAGAAGAGUACAGAGCAUGUGCAGAAAGGUAAUUUUGGCCGGACAGGUGCAGGUGCCAUGAAAGAAUUAGGCUGUGUGUCACAUAAUCAUUCCCAGAGAUGCAGAUAGACAUCCACAUGGAAAUGAAAUGGUAGUCGUUUACGGAUUUAUGCACUCUCUGACCCAUUUUCAAAAAGUACCGUUUACAGUCACCCGAAACGCUGUUUCUGUGUGGAUGAAACGCUGAUAUGACAAAAAACUUUAGCGUUUACUCCUGAACUCUGCGAAGCCGUACCAAUUCAACACAACUGACUUGCUCUUGCCCCUUUUAGCCACGAAUGUAUCGCCUUCGUUUGCAAACACCGUGUUUGUUUACACUGGUGGGUGUGGGAACUGGAGAGCGCUCUUACAGGAAGGGGCCUACAGUGGCCUGGAGGCGCAAGACAUGAUAGAGAGGAAAAUGGAUUUGACGAUUUUAAUUUUUUAAACAUUGUCAUAAUCAAAUAACCCGUUAUGAUUUAAAAUCAUUUCAUCAUGCAGCCCUAGUGUUGAUUUCAGUGAAAAGCCGGAAACAAACCUGGAUAAAUGUAUAUGUAACAUGAGAAUUCCUUUUAAUUUUCUAUCUAUCAGCUGUAGUUAUGCUUGUCCUAGCUAGACCCAAAAACACACAACCAGGCGACUGUGUGUACAUAUUUUGAACAAAAUACGUCUGUUAAGUCAUGCCUCUACUAUUAUCUUUUCAUUUACAUUGAUCUUUUGUGCACAUUAUCCCAUAUCCACAUUGCGUGUCAACUUUAGAGUAAACAUGCAUGUCCGGUAAGCUUUGCCUCCAAGGUUUACCUUCUUUUUGUUUACAGAGGCCAUGCUCUUUUAAACAUGGGAAAGGUCCAUUAGAAGUGAUGACUUAAAUAGGCUGCUUAAUUAUGUCCGGCCAUCUGGACCAACGGUGGCUUUAAGCUGAAAUGCAGGCAAAUCUUUAUCUGGUUUGAAAGUGGGCCUAACAAUGGAGUACAGUACAAAAGUUAUGUGUUUCCAAUUAAAUGAAUUUGAGCGAGCAAGAACAUUUGAAGACACAUUUAUUAGGCAGACUAAAUGCGGUUAAGAUUGUAUUUCCCCCCAGAGCUUCUUAUUGAGACCAUCUUUAAAAUAUAUAACUGUUUCCAGAAUAGCUCCUCUCAGGGGUAAGACUUGUUCUACUUCAUUUCAGCCUUUAAAAUACCAAGGCUGUUAAUGUAAACUCUCCUUUUCCUGCCGGGUGUUUGACCCUGCAGGGCAGUGCAAGCAUUGCUCAGUUGUUAUGGUCAUUAUGUCUCCAUUAGGCUUAGAAAAUUAUGUUGUAGAUAAAAUCUCCAUUAUUCCUACAGUGCGGAUCAGGAAACAAAUUGGAAAACACUUUAAACUCUGUGCGGUGUCUGUUUUGCUACCUAUACCACAAAUCUCCUCUGUACUCCUUGGAAUAUAAAUGAGUCUAUUGAGAGAAUUACAAAUAGAUAAGAUCGGAGGCCUCUGCAUAAAUGGGAUGUUUAAGUUGUGUGAGAGAAAUAAAGACUAACACUCAUCUCCAGAUAAGAAACUAAACCCACGUGAUAAAAGUAGGACUAUGGCAAAAAAGUAAAGCCAAAUCAUGUUUCUGAAAUGACCCAGUGGCCUUCUAUCACAACAUCAUGUCUAUUUCUGGCAUGUUCUCCUAUGCCUUCACCAUCAAUACCCUGCAGCGCUGGGUGGAAAUGAAAGUACACCUUCACAAAAGCUCAGUCCCUCAGGGAGAAGAUGACUCCCUUCUCUUUUCAAUGGAGCAGAGACACAUUGCAUUAACAUCAUUCAGACGGAGCCAGUUGUAAAUGGGUGUGCGUAGUUUGUUGAAGGAUGGAUGAAGGGAUAUGUGACAGAGGGAGGGAAAGAAAGAGAGAGAGAGAGGGAGACAUGCCUGUACUUCCUCUCCUCCCAUUCUUUAGUGCUCAGUGAGUAGCCCCGCAGUGCAGGCUUUGUCCCAGUCAUUGUCACAAGCUUAGAGAGCCUCUUUGCCAAGUGAGAGGCUUUGGAGACAUAUGUCACUUCACCGAGUCUCCUGUUAGCUGCUUGAGUGGUGGGGCGGGCAGGGAGGCGUGUCUGUGCGCUAGCAGAGGAGCAGUGUGAGGUGGAGGAGGAAGGGCAUGUCAGAGAUGUUGGUUCAGGGAGAGUUGUUGGAAUGAUCCCUUGAUAGUCCUGUCACAAACUUUUUCCUUUUUUUCUAUGGACUUGUAGUGCAGCUUGGGCCACAGCUAGAGUUGGACUUGAGAUGUGGAAUGACUCUAAAGACAGUAAGUUGUGGUGGAAAUUAGCUCCAAGUCAUCCCUAACUUUGUUGCUGUUUAUGUCUUUGAGAAAAAACACGUGUGCAGAUCAUGUGCUUUAAUUUUCUGUUUGUUUCUUUGCAUCCACAUGUCAACAGUCUCUGUGUCAGUGCAGGCAGGUUAAGCAGAAUCGUAGUAAGUGUGAGCUUAGGGACAAAGAAAGGGAGGGCUUCAUUGUAUACAGGGUGUGUUUGCAGGGAUUAGUCAUGUAGUAGUCACACUCGUCGUGCCCUGGCCAACUAUUGGCUUAGUGAAUACAAUCCCUUUGGAUUUGUGGCUGUGAUCUACCAUGUGCUCAGGUAAUAGUCCUUUACUCUCAAAACAAAUGCUCUGUUCUGUGUUUACACAGAGUCUCUAUGCCAUUUAAGGCUUGAAUUACUUCUCCUUUUAAAUAGUGGGUGUCAGCUUUGUUUGAGUUGUUAUUAAAGGGACCAGUUAACAGAAAUGAAUGUGAGUAUAAAGCCCAGCAAUAUGCCUUCACCCCUUAAACAGUUUGAUCAUACACCAGGCAGUGUGUUUUCUGCAGAUGAAUCAAAGUUGCCUGUUGGGUUGUUGCUGUGUUUUCAGUAUCAACACAACUCUUGUGACACUAGCGGACUGUGGGUUUCCUACCUAACAAGGGCUGCUAUGUUUUUCAGUGCGUGAUUUAUAAUCAAAACAUUGUCACAGAAGUUUUUGUAGUGCUGCAGGUGGUCUCUAAUGCGAGGCAGUAUCAGUGUGCAGCCUGUUUGUGAAAUACUGUAUACAAAAGCACCGGGCAAACAAUGACAGCGGCUUACAGCUUUAUUACAACAAGAAAAUGUAUGCUUGCUCCACUGGAACAAGCAUCUAGCAGCUUUGUUUACCACCCAAUCGGGAGGAGCAGCAUAAUCACAGAAAAAGUCCUUAUUACAAAUAAUACUGUGCCUCAAUCUCUCAAUUUGUGUAAUUGAUUCUAAACUCAAGCAGCUUAAUCCUGCAUCUAGUCUGGCACUAUUAGCAUAUUAACCCUUUUCACUAAGAAGGUACGGCACAUGCAGCUUUGUGUCCUUGGGAGAACUCUAAGUAGCACUCAGUCAUUGUUAAGCAGUGUACUGUAUGACUGCCGGAGCUCCCCUGCCUUCAUUCUCUUGAUAGCCGGAUUAGCUGAGGGGGGUGAACCCAUUUGGCAUUGCCUGCGCUGCUGCCACAGUCUCAGCACUGCGAGAAGUAAGCCGUGAAAUUCUGACGAGCUUAGACCAAUUUAUAGUCUGCCAUCUUGGAUCUAGUGAUUGUAGCACACAGCAGCUUCGUGCCAGUAGGGCAUACUGUAAGCAUGCCAUGUGAUGCCACCAGCCAGGCUUUGCAGUUCAAAGGGUAAUCUCCAGACAAGUACUCUGCUGUGUAGCACUACAACAUCAAAACAAAGAGGAACAACCGCCUCUAAAUGGGCAGUUUACUUAAAAGAAGAUUUUGCAUAAAUUAAGCAAAGAGUAUCAAAAAAGAGGGAGAACUUCUAAAUCAAAUCAAGGAUAUUAAAUGUGCUGAAAUGGCUGACAUGCAUCCACUGAAAUCAGAGGGAAAAUGAAGUUCUUUGAAUAUUUGAUUUGAAAUUUUUUAUUCCAUUGCUAAUGGUUUCUUUUGCUUCUCUGUGGCUGUACUGCCUUCUAGUGCUAAGCUUUUAGUGAAUUCAUUCAGUAAAUGCCCUUUGGGUAAUCUGCAUUUUCUUGCAAAGCAGCAUGAAGAACAUUUUUCGAACCCUGAGGCGCAACAUAAUUGAAAUGAAAUCAUCAAAACAUUUGAAUGCAUUUUGCUUGGAAUUGUCAGAACAACACAGAAAAGUAUGCUGGUUUGACGAGCUUUUAGGUUAUCAGAUCAUUUUUUUUUAUUUAUGUAUUUGCCUUCUGGUUUUCUUCCCUUACUUUUGGCAGUCGUCCACAUGUGAUGAAGGGCCUGUUAUCAGCAUUACUACCUGAACUGUUGGCAGCAUAUUUAGAGCCAAACACAGACCACUCAAUCAAUAACACUUUCCAAAAUUGGAACAGAUACUUUGGAGGCCCUCAGGUGACCACUGGAUGUGUUGACUUAGAACUAUGUCUCUUUUCUCUUGGUUCGCAUCCUUCAGGUCCUCUGUGCCUUACACAUUCCAAGUGAUGCCAGUUGAUCUGCAUCGAAACAUCCUCCUGAUCUCUGCUGACUCCAUCAACCAGUGGAGGGGGAUGAGGUUGGUGAGUUGCCUGCAGCUUGUUCUGCUUGUGGCCCUGACCUCCAGAGCUGCAGGCGUAAAUAUCCCUUUGGAAGGUAAGAGUGUCCUCAUACUGAUUCUAACUUUCAGCUUCUUUUCCAGUAUGAAAAAUUAUUUUCCUUGACACUUUUUAAAUGAAUGAAUGACAUUUAUUUUGGUUAUACAUUAUGAUGACAAAGCAUAACAAAUUGUGUGAAUCUUAAACUACCAAAAACAAAAUACAAAACAAAAUAUUAUAUAUGUUCUCUCUGAUUCCACACAACAUCCUCCACACAACCAUUAACUGAAAAAGGAGCAGGCUGAAGCCCAAAGGCUUAUUUAUACCUCUCCAUAACAGACCAUAAGAUAUCCUACAAUAUCAGCAAACAGAAAAACUAAUUGAAAAAAAACUAUAAAUAAAUAAAUUACUAUUACCCUAAAUUAUAGUCCUUAUUUUAUAUUUUAAAGCUGUUUUGAAAUUCAUCAUGAAGCGACACAGUUGUUUUCCAUCAUUUAGUUCAUUCCAUAGUUUGGCUCACAAAACUGAAAAGCAUUAAAUAAUACUUUUCUUCUCUUAAUUUAAAAGAAAAAUGCUGAAUACAAAUGGGAAGGCUUUUAUUCUUAACUCUAAAGAAUAUUUCCAAUGUUUUUAGGUACCUAAUAUCUACAAAUUUUAAAGUGCAAGACUGAAUAAAUGAUUGAUUUGUUGGUUCACAGUAACCCACUUUAUUUAUUAUUCUAACUGCUCUCUUUUGAAGUUUAAUUAUAGGGUCUUUAUUUGUUCUACAAGCACUUACCCAAGUCUCUACAGAGUUUGACAUAUAUGGUAUGAUAAGUGAACAGUAUAAUGUAUAUAUAUAUAUAUAUUAUUUAAUUUUUAGUUCCGUAAAAUAAAGUGGUUGCUCAAUUAACAGUACAGACUUUUGUUCCUUUUGUCACUUUUAUGACCUGGGGUUUUGUCAAACUUAUGUUCUCAUCUUAAAGUUUCAUCUUGCUUAAGUAUGAAUGAUGACAAAAAAGUAAGUUAAGAUAAUUGUUUGGGUCACAUGUUGCACCACAAGUCUCUUUGUUUAGAAAUAAAACUUUGCAUUCAAGUCCUGGUGUUCUAUUUCAGUUCCGUGUCAACAUGAAGCACCUUGUUUGUACAGAUUACCUAAAGUUGUUUAAAUAAAACUUUGCCAUGUCACUGAUUCCUCAGCUCUGAGAGUGGCAGAAGAAAAGUGAGAAAAUGCAAGCAGUAGUGAUUCUUUCUGACUCUGUGGGCUUACUAGACAAGCUUACACAGAAAAGCUCCAUUAAAAGUGUUAAUAGCUAACAUUUUUGUGAUCAUUUUCCUGUAUUUGUCCUUGAAUCACAGUGGAGCAGCCUCCAACAAUUACAAGCAAAACAUCUGGUACGAUAAUUGCACUUCCUUUUGACCCCAGCGUCACUUUGAAGUGCGAAGCAAUGGGCAACCCACCACCAGAGUAAGUCACAACUCCAUCGUCUGUGUCAAACCACUGAAUCAAAUGAAUCAUUCAGAAAACAUCAAUGCUUUCAGAGGGUGUAUUAAGCGUGUCAGUCUUUAGUUCAUGGAAACCUACUGUAUAUUUACUUCAACAGAUACAGAUGGACAAAAGAUGGUGAAGAUUUUAUCCCUCCUCACUUUACAACAAACAGAACUGACCACACAAGUGGCACUUUUGUGCUUCACAACAAGCACCUCAUCAAUUUCCAGGGUAAAUACCGAUGCUACGCUUCAAACAAGCUCGGCACAGCCAUGACGGAGGAGAUCAAACUGAUAGUGUCUGGUGAGUAUCCUUCACAAAGAAGCGCUUAACAAGAUGGCUUUAAAGAGCUCCUUAAAAGUGAAUUAUCUUUUAUUGUUUUGAUGAUGAGAUUUCCAUUUUGUUUUGAUGUCUUAUCUUUUUUUAAAAGGCAUCCCUAAGUUUCCAAAGGAGACAAUGAAUCCUAUUGUUGUUGAUGAGGGAAACCCUGUCAUCCUGCACUGUCACCCUCCUGAAGGAGUUGCCCCACGUCAGAUCUACUGGAUGUCAAUUGGUAAGCUAAGAACAGUUUAUACUUGUGCUUAUGAUUGAACUCUCUGAUAGCGACAUGAUGCCCCUCAAAAAAUGAUGUUCUUGAAAAUUAAAAACAUUGAAAGCCACUAUAUCACUUUCAGGUGAACAGCACUAAAGCCCUUUUAAAGUUAAAUCAUAUUUUAUUAUGUUUUCUGGAUAAUUUUAGGGCAUUUAGGACCUGAUAUUUCGUACAGGAAAUCCGUACAGUAUUUCUUUUGAACAAGGUAUACUUGUCAUGAUCCAUUAAACAAAGUCAACUAAUUUACCUUCAUUAUUUUUAUUAGACCAAACAAUUCAACACUUUUUUUCACAACAAAAAGAUGCUCUUAUUACAUAAAGUGCUAUAAUUGUUAUCUUGUUCAGCUUUAAUCGGCUCUAACAUAAAGUAAUAAUUGUAAAUUAACCUCAGUAAUAAUUAGGCCUUCUAAACAAAGUAUUCAAUUAGCAGCAGAGCAUCCCAAAACAAUGAAUUAUUUUUUUUUAUCCACGGCCAAAAGCAGCUUUAAAUCUAAAAAAGUGGCAAAUGAAAAGAGUGAGAAUAGAAUGAAAUAAAUCCUUUACAUGAAAUGCCUCCACACACUGGAUUUUAGGCUUACCCGAAGUGUACAGCUCAUUCUCAGUGACAGUAGCCAGCGAGUAAGCUGGCGCUAUGUUUGCUAACAGUCUGUUGUAAGUCCAUCCCUUAAAAUUGUCUGGGCGGCUUUUUUUGUUCUGGCCAACUUCUGGGUGUUUCUGCAAUUUCACUGUAAUGGAAAAUAAUAGAUUUUUGAACACUUGGUCAUCUUAAAUCAAUCGUCACGUGUCGCAUUGUGAUUCAUCAAGGAAGCGAUGAACUGGCCCACUCCUAGAAAUAAUCCUACGUUGAUUUUGGUUCUUUAAAGUUGAUGCACAGAACUGUCCCCAAAAUUGGCCUAUGUAUUACUGUGAAGGUUGUCUGACAAGCAUCUGUUUCCCUGGUUACCUAGGUGAUCAGUCCUGCCUCAUACAGUUUCUGUUGGUUACAUGCUGCCACUCCAACAUCUCAGCAUUCCGACAUCCCGCCAUUCUGAUGUCUCACCAGUCCGACGCAGCUUUCCAUAGAAGGGGGAAGGGGGGGGUGCGCAUUCACACCUGAAAUCGGUCAUUUAAUCCCGAGCGUAGCUAGGCGCGCCCCACGCCGAACCCGCACAGAGGGCUCUGCGGCCCACCAUAGCAGACGAGAGCUGUCGGAGUGACGGGACAUUUGAUAGCAUGGUAACAUUCCGCCACUCCGACAAUUAGAGACCAAUGUCGGAAUGGCGGGAUGUCGGAAUGGCGGUUGCCCUCCGUUUCUGUUUGGUUUGUGAAAUCAGCAACACUAGCACCUUGUUGAACAGAACAGGGAAGAGGCUGGAGCAGCCAAUGAUACGCUAAAUAAUCACUCUGUGUGCCUUUAAACUUGAAAAGCUAAACAGCCCCAUGUUGCAUGUGAGCUUCAGUGCCCGUGGCUAGCAGUAAACAUACAUAUUAAAAUCAUGGUUUCUCUGCUGUAUGCACAUUCAAUAACAUAAUAAAAAUAUUUGAUGGGGUGGCACAGAGUUUCUCAUGUAGGAACCGCAUAAUGGAAAUCCCUGGUGGUUUUGAAACCAUUAUUUUGUCAAACUGCAGCAUACCUUGAAACUGGAAACCUGCCAGUUCUACUGACUGCAGGAGAUUUGAAGUAUUUAAACUGCUGUCAUAGCCUGAAAUGCUCUGUUUGGUUUUAGUGGUUGUGGUGAUGGUGGGGUGCUGAGUAGGGCAUGCAGGAGGAGGAUGUGGAAUAAACGUGUGCAAUUUCAGUCAAACUAACAUGUUUACUUGUAUUUAAAAGUCCAUUAUCAUUUAUUGCAGUCUUUAGGUUGAAAUCUGUGGUGCUUGUUAGAGACCUGGUUUUCAGCUUUAGUCAGGUUCUAAUUUGAUUCUAGGGUCUCCUGGGUCACAUGAAAUUCAAGUUUCUGUAUAUGGGAGCCAGUAUCCCAGUUUACUUUUAUCUUCUGUCCACACAACAAGAGUAAAGGUUUGUCCAGCUCAUUAUAAUCAGGAUGUGUUUUUUUACGUAACUCACACAAAUGAGAGUUGCUUCGCUUGAUCAUAAACAGAACACUGUGCAUAGUAAAUUGAAGACAUGAAAAUCUGUGUGUUCAAGUAAAGACUUCUGCAGAGGCAUCGGAGAGGAAGAAUGAACAUUAAUGCUCAGCCAUGAAAAAAGUUGAAACCUUGAUCAAAUCAAAAGGGAUGAAAUUGCACACUUUUGGAUGAUCGCCCUCCAAAGUGGUACAAGUUUGCGUGGCAUUGGCUUUUUUAAAAUAUUUUAAGAAGAUAGACAUACUGAGCACUUUGAGGCCCUGGCAGUUCAAGAGUGUCAGGCUGAGGAAGUAUGAGCAUGUCAUUGCUCUGGAGCCUGGCCUGGUUUGCAACACACAACCCUGAGCUUUUUCAUAGAUAAGCUUUGAAAGAAGCAGGUGACUGUCCUUGCUCUCCGCUGGCCAUCAAUGUAGUCAGCAGUGACAAAAAGAUGGACUGUCAGAAAAAGGUACACACUAGAGGCACACAAGUUUACCUCACAUCAGAGCCCUUCUCCCCUCCACUGCCAGAGAAAGUGAUUCUGUCUGAAGUGCUUUGUCAAUAGGGACUGAGUUUUCUGACCAACCUCUUGAGAACUUCUCAAGCGUCUCCAACAAACCUGUCUGAUGUGAAAAGUGAAAUAUAUGUUUUUAGGUGCUGUGAAGGACACAACCUAGAGACAUGAGGCAGAGUAGCUGAGAGCACUGGAGCAAAGUUCUUGUUUUGCAGUUCUUUUUUAAUCCUUGUUUACAUCCUUACUUUUAGUCUGAUAAAUUUAUAAAAAAAAUAGCAAAUGUUUUAAAGGUUUAAAAAAAUAAUAAAUUCAUGAAGCUUGUCUGGAGGACACAAAGACUUCAGGAAAAACAUUGCUCAGGCUGACAUUACUCAUAGGUGUAGCGACAUUAACAGCAUGUCAUUGAUACAGGUAUGCUCUCUUCCAGGUCUCCAGCACAUUGAGCAGGAUGAAAGGGUUUCCAUGGGCAUUGAUGGCAACCUAUACUUCUCUAAUGCCUUACAGAAAGACAGCCGGCAGGACUACUGCUGCUUUGCUGCUUUCCCCAAAAUUCGCACCAUCGUCCAGAAAACAGCUAUGGCUGUUAUGGUCAAGAGCUGUAAGUUUACAAUGCAAAACAGGCUGUUUGACUUUGACUGAAAUACAUGCAUCUCUAACUGCUGUAGCUCAGAGGUUUAUUAUCACAUCAAGGACAGAAUAUAGUUCCAGGUGUUUUUUUUUUUUUUUUUUUAACUGUCAUAUUUAAGACAUUCCUUACCGGCAUACCAAUAGCAGGGCUUGUCUCAUCAUGUUUAUAUUUCCUGAAGCUCUGCAAUAACACUUGAUAAAGAAACAUGUGACGGCAAAGACAAAUCACUGCUCCCGCUACCAGCAUUGCUCUGUAUUUGUUUUUCAUUCCAGUGAAACGGGACAAUGACUUUAUCAUCUCUACUACCAGUAUUAUUCUCACAGAUUCUUCUUUUUUUUCAAUUCCAGUGAAACCUGACAAUGAUUCAGCACAGAGCACCAACACUAGUGAGUGGUUUUCACACAUUAGAGGCUUCUCUGAGUAAAGCAAGAAGGUUUUUAAUAAUCUUUAGAGGGAGUUGGUUUGAAUGUUGUUAAAACUUCAGAAAAUAGACUUGAUAUUAUUCUGUCUGUCAAUCAUGUGACUGAUUCAUUAUAUGUACAUGAGGUUGAAGAGGACCAUUCUUUGUGUGUGUGUGUGUGUGUAAUGUAGCUGAGGCCCCCCCACUGAGAAUGCCUGGCCUGCUGCUGCCCUCUGGUGUUCAGACAGAAAAGGUGGUGUUGAAGGGACAGAGUCUGGAGCUGGAAUGUAUACCUGAGGGCUAGUAUGUAUACAUGCUGCUCUACCACACCCGCAUCAACAUCUUCUCUGCUUCAUAUGCCAUCCUAAUCAGCAUCUAUUAUAGCUGAUAAUAAGUCAGUGUUUCCUGUUACAGUCCCACCCCUGAGGUAACGUGGAUGAAACUGGGGGAGGAAAUGCCUUUGAGGGUAAAGUAUAACAACUUUGGAAAGCAGCUGACCAUAUUUGCUGUUGAAGAGCAGGAUGGAGGUAAAUACAUGUGCUCAGCCAAAAACUCUGCUGGAGAGACUGUCCACUACUUCGAUGUAAUAGUGGAAGGUAGGUCAGCACCAGGAGCUAAUUAUGCAUAUACUUGUGGGUGCAUUUGUUUAUGUGUCAGAGAGCAAGCUGCUGACACAAGGGUGGCAGUUGUUUUGGUUUAGACCAACGCAGCUCUUCUUAACAUCUCCCAGAGCCGCCUAAGUGGCUGACAGAGCCUCCUCAGAGCCAGCUGACUGUGAUUGGGACUGACGUUCACAUACAGUGCUCCGUCACUGGAAAACCACCGCCAGAAAUAACAUGGAAGAAGAAUGGGGAAGUUUUGAAAGGUGAGUUGGAACCACUUGAGCAGUGAUUUUAUACAUCCUGUGACACUGUACAACAAGCAGCUAUUACUAAUGAAACCACACAACCCUGAGCUUAAGUCCAUGAGCAGUUAUAAUGAAUAAUCUUCACAAGAAACAUAAUAUGUUACAGAAAACAGGUGUUGUAGCUGCUGAUGAUCAAUAUACUGAAGUCGUGCUGUGGGGCUUGUGUCCCUGCUAAACCUGAGACGUGCCCUGAAUAACAUUAGCAGAUAGCAUCUCUGCCUUCCAAUGAUGUUUACAUACAUGAAAAUAGGCAUUAUGCAUUAAUUUGGAGCUAAUUGUGUCCCAAAUAUGCAAAUGAGCCCCAUUGCAAAAAGCUCUGAAUCCAGUAACACUAACAGAUGCUAACAGACAGGAGUUACCAUCUGCUGAGAGUUGCUGUAUUUGUGCUGGACUAUCAUCUCCGCACUCAAAAAACCAAUACAACAAUACCACCUAUAGAGGACCUAGAGGUCUAAGGUUGUCUUUGGCUGAAUUCUUCACAAUUUUUUUGUAACAUGUGAACAAGAUACUUUUUACCAGCUCAUUCAGGAAGUCUGCUGGAUAUGAACUGUAAUAUCAAUAAGGUUGUCUGGUAUCUGUCAUGAAUCAGCUCCAAAGCAAACUGUGAAGGACUUGUCCCUCUCCAUCUUGUAAAUGUGAAUAUAGUUAACUGCUGUCAGGAUGAGAGUGCACAGCACAGCUUCGCGCAGCAAGUCACAGAGAUGCUUUCAUCUCAUCUCAGUCACAUUUAAUAUCGAAACUGGAGCAAACUGCAUAGAGCUGCAGAGCUUUGAUGUGAAACAGAUAUAGGGCAAUUAAUGUGCAUUACUUGGUGCACAUCAUACAAGUAACUGCAGCCCACUUUGUAAUUGUUUAUUAUGUGCUCACUGUUAGUCAUAUGAUAAUUUCCCUCAUUCAUAAGGUAUUCCAGGGACUGUAAAACAUUAGGAGUCAAAAUGUCAAUUUCUUAGUCAUGCUGUUUUGAAUUGCAAAUUAGUUUUUGUCCAACCAACUGCCCCAAUCUCAUUAAAAACAAAAACAAAAGAAACAUAUAUAUAUAAUUGCCUCCUCAUCUCCCUCCCUCUGUGUGUACUUUCCCCAUCUGUAAAUGCAAUUUUGUUGUGCACAAGUGCAAUGACAAUAAAGUCCAUUCCAUACCAUACCAUACCAUUGUAUAACAUGGAGAAAAGCUUUACAUUUUUUUGCAUCAAUGCAGUCUGAUCCAGAGGAUUGUUUUUGCUUUCUUAUUUGAUGAGUCAACUCAUCUAUCCAUCGAACAGGCAGCCUAAAAUCACAUGGUAUGUACUUAAAUGUCAUCUUUCUGAAUUUGUUCAAAUACUGUGUUGUUAUGAUGCUUUCAGAUGACAUGAAACACAGACGAGUGAUUGACGACACUGUGAUGCUCCUGAAGGCAACACCAAAAGACAGCGCUGUCUACCAGUGUGAAGCUUCCAACAGUCAUGGCAGUAUUCUGGCCAACAUCAACAUCAUGGUCAUAGGUGAGGAAUACAACAAAGCUGACACAAACAGCAGGUCAUGUUUAUGAUGUAACUAAACAUUUUUAAGGAAAUGACAUACCUGUUUGCUAAAAAUGGGUCACAGAUCCUUCAGAUUUAGAGGGAUUUAUCCUGUCUGCUGCUUGGAAUAUUUGCCUGAGGUUUCAUUUUAACCAUGAAAAAUAACGACAAACGUUUUUCCACCCUUCGAUCAACCAAUUUUGUUUGACACAUUUGCCGUUGCUUCAUCAUGUUUUGGCUGUCAGUAGCAGAGGCAGAUCAUCCGCCACUAUAAAUAAGAAUAAAUCACAUCCAAAUUUCAACAGCUCCAAGAUUUUAUGCAAUUCGUAGUGCUAUAUUUUCAACAACUUUGGAUGUUACACUGCAUGUAGUUCUAAGCUCAUAGCUCCAUAUGAAUGAGGAGAUUUUCUCCCUGAGCAGAGGUUGGGUUGGAUCUUCUCUGCAUUUAUAGAGCACUUCUUAUCUAAAGCAUUUCACAAUUUUCCUCUCAUUCACUAACACUCACACAGCAAGAGCCAUGCAAGCUACUAGACUGACCACUGGGAGCAAUUUAUGGAUUCAAAGCAGGGGAUUUAACAGCCCAGUCCUCUGGAGAAUGUGGAGCUAUGGUUUUAUUGUUUUUUGCAAUCAUUUGUUAGCAUGGUUUUCUGGUUUCUCUCUGUUUAUAUGGGUCACUGUCUACAGGAGUGGAUGUCGACUUAAUAAAAGGCCCAAACUAUAAAGGCUGCUGUCCUUUAUGAGCAUCUAGUAAUCCAUACAGUAGCUCUGUAGUAUUUAUUUUAUCUAUAUUUCCUAAAUAGUAGCUGGAUUAUAGACUAUGUCCUGCCAUUUUAGGUGACUUCUACUGUGAUUAAUGUGGGAAAUCAGAACCUUUGAUAUCCUGAAAUAAAUUAAAAUUACUUGCAAGGAUACAAAAAUGAAAAUGAGUCUGUGAGUUUGGAAAAAAAAAAUUCUUAAUUUAUUAAUCAUCCUAUUCUUACCAGCUAACUUUCUUUAAUUGGACACACCCUUUUGCCAUAAAACUGUAUGUUCUCAGAUCUUUGGUAAUUUGAACUGUUAAAAUUUCAGCGUGAUUCAAAUUGGGUUUUCUGACUUUAGCACUUUUUAUAAGGGGAAAUCACACUUCUGGAAGCAUUGUGAGAAGUCACUGUGCCCGUGUCCUUCUCCAAAUUCAUGUGUUUUUUCAGUCCCCUGCACCUUUUCCUCAUGAAAAAGUCCUGUGUGCAAUAACUUCCCAGCAGCUCUAACCUCUUCCAACUUUACUUUCCUCCUAGAUUUGGCUCCUAAGAUUUUGACAAGGGACAACCAGGAGUAUGGUGUAGUACAGGGGGGUAACGUCAUCCUGAACUGCAGUGUUUUUGGCUCUCCUCCUCCCUCCAUCUCUUGGUGAGUGCUAACCAGGAAGAACUGGUAUCGUUCUCUGUGAUGGCUGACAGUGAGAAGUUUCACAGAACAUUUUGACACAUUAUUACCGUAAGGCAUCAAAAGUUCACACCUUCAUGCUGCCUGAUGUGCUAUUCUACAGUAGUUUUUUUGCACAUUAACAGCGCUGUUUCAACAAUUUCUGUAAAUUUAGCAGAUGUCUGUGCUGCAGUCUAAAGUAAAUAUAAACCAUAAAGAAUACCAUGCUGCAGUGACUCAUUAUAUUAAUUCCCACACCGCUGCAGGUAUCUGCCUGACAUAGUCUGAUGUUGACACGUAUGUCUGUUUAAUGAGGUAAUCCUCUUCCGUUCCUUGGAAGUGGGCUAAUUGAAUCCCAUUACCUAUCACCACACUUCUACAGCUGCACAAAUGGGAAAUAAGAUCUCAGACAAAGCAUGACAAAACACUCUUAAGUUUACAAAGACCCUGACAAUUUUCAGGAUCGGUUUUAUGAUUCUCUGACAUAACAUUUAACACAAAUGUUUUCACUUUUAUGGGAUAUUAAAACAUAAAAAGAGAGCAAAAAUACAGAAUAAUAUUGAAUGUGAUAAACUUGAGAUUAAAAACUGUAUGGAAAACAGAAAUCUCCAUCUUCCAUAGAGUUUAUGUGAAGUGACUUCUGUGCAGAUUUAUUUCCUUUGCCCAAAUGUGACGAUAACCAAAUACUUUUAUGACUUAAUGUAAAGGUAAAAUUAUGGCUCCCUUCCCCAGUUGUUAGAUAUUUUGUACAAAACUCUAUAGACUUUAAAAAAGUUUCUCUUGCAGGACCAGAGAUGGAACUCAUGAAACUCUUGUCGGCGGACGCUUCAUUGAACACCAUAAUGGAUCUUUGCAAAUCGUCAACGCAGAAAAAGACGACAGCGGGAAUUACGUGUGCGUUGCAGUUAACCUGGUGGGCAAAUCAGCUGUCAUUGCUGUUCUGAAUGUAAAAGGUAUGUCAACAACCUGGCGAUUGCUUUCUUACACAGGAGUUGUAUGAGUCAUUGCACAUGAUUAGCCAUUACAAGACCAGCUCUCAGGAAUAAAAACAGUUUGAGAAUAAACUCCUAAGGGCAGAGAGGUUUUUUAGUUGUUGUUAUUGAUGUGAACUGACCCUUCAAAAUGAAUGUCACUACAAUUGUUUUAUACCCGACAUAUGAGUGAGCCUUUUGCAGGUUAUUUGUUUAACAGAAGCUCUGGCUGGUGAGGAAAAAAAUCUGAAAACGGUGGACUGGAUAGUUGAUGGAGUAAAACAGAGAUAGAAUAAGUGAGUGCUAAUCUCUGUGUGGGGAGAUGCAAUGGCCACCCCUAUAUUUUCACCCCAGUCAAAUAGUUUGGACACACAUUACAUAGAAGCCCAAGGGAAACAGCAAAAUCUGAUUGAUUUUGAUAUUGGAUAUCAGUCUGAUAUCAGCAAAAAAAUGAAUAUUGGAUUAUGUCGGCCCGCAUCCAACAGUCUGUUCCAGACUCCACUCCAGCACCUCUAUCUAGCAGCACCUGGAUCCAGCACAACAACAGUGUGUACUAAGGUACUAACAAAGUAGAAAGGAGUAGGAGUGUGGCAGUAUUUUUCAUUUCAGUAGAAAAAACACAUUGCAGAUGAGGGCAAAACUUGUCAUGCACAAUUUUAUGGAAAUAUCAGAUCAAUAUCUGAUACUGAAGGCGACAAUAUUGGUAUGGAAGUAAAAAAAAUGUAUCGGGACACCCCUAAACUCAAGGUUGUAAGGCAUGUAAAACUAUUCAGAGCUGAUGUCUGAUAGGUGUUCUGUGGGCAAAAUUCAAUAAACAGUGCACUUAACACAUGUUUGGUAGUCUCUGAAUAUAAAUGAAGGAUCUAGGCAAAUGACUAGCCUUGAAGCUUAUAGAAAUCAAGUGACUUGUUGUGUUUAAGGAUUAGUUCCAGCCCUAUUCUCAACAUCCAAAUUUUGAAUGAGUUCCCUUUGAUUAAUAGAUAAAUGAUGCAUAAAAAUUAUGCAUUGGGCUGUAUGUAUGUAUUUAGGAAUAUAUUCUUCAUGGACUUUACUCUUAGUAAAACUAAGACAUGUACAUUUUGAUUAUUCCUAUCUCAAACCUUUAAAACAGUUAUUAUUAGGAGAAGUAUUUAAUACAUUAAAUAAGUGAACUACCCUUAAACUUAAUCUGGGCCUUUCCCCCUUGUCUUUAUCCUUAUCUUAAGACCCCACUAGGAUUGUAAAUCCACCCCAAGACUUGGAGAUCAUCAGUGGGACCACAGCACAGUUGACGUGCCAGGCAGAGUAUGAUGAAAGCCUGCAGGGCACCUUUGAGGUUGCAUGGAGGAAGGAUGGGGAGGAGAUCCCACUUUCCUUUGAAGAAAAUACGAGGUAGGUGGCUGCGGUUUGAUUAUGUUUCCAUUAGUUUCCAGGUGUGCUUGUGUUUAAGAUUUGUUCAGGGUCUUUAUCUUAAUGCUGAUGUUUGGAAAGAAAUGCAAAAAAAAAUCCAAACAGCAGGUGCAGAGACAGGAGAUUUUGCCAGCCUUUUUAGCCACUUAAUAACGUGACAGAUCACCUCUGGUUUCAUUUUGAACACUAUCUACAAGAAUUCUACUGUUUUAGUGACAGUUGUUGGAAAUUUAAGUAAUAAAAAAACAACUGCACACCACUUAAUGACAAUCUUGUACUGAUAAAACUGAGUGCCUAUUUGGAGAUUCAAAAAUUCAUAUAGAUCAAGACCUGGGUAAAAGUGCAUUAUGAUUUGAAUAAAAGUCUCUUGCUUACUUUACGUUGUUGAGAUGAUGGCGAGGCGUCUUGGAUCUUAGUUCCUGCGUACUUGUUUUGUUUUCUGCUCUUUUUCUUUGGAAACCUUCACUAGAGAGGAAUUCCUAAACACUAGGCAGUCUUCUGCUGGAGUUUUUUUUAUCAGUUUUCAUGAAUUCAAGAAGUUUUUCUGGGAUCCUGGUCAGUGGAGCAGUUUCGCUAUAUGGAAUUUGCAGGAGACGACCUGGCAAGUGAGCUGGAGUGCUCGUGGAGCUGUAAAACUCUUGAAGUUUGCUGACAACACCACAGUCACUGGUCUCAUCUGAGACGAUGAGUCUGUAUACAGACAGGAGGUGGAUCAUCUGGUCCUCUGGUGCAUUCAGAACCAUCUGGAGCUGAACCAGAACCAAAGACUAUAGAGACGACAGUGGACUUUAUGCAUUCAACCCCCUCACAAUCCUAACAGCAAUCCUAAACCUGAUUCUGAUUCGAAAGAGAACUUUUAAUUUUUAUUUUUUGAGACUUUGAAAAUUGUCUGUGAUGCUCACUAAGUACUUUCUACUUGAUUUUUUUUACACUCCACUGAUAUAUUAACAAAUUUCCCCACAGGCUCCAAUACUCUGUGGAUGAUGGCAUACUGCAGAUCAUGAAUGUUAACUUGAGUGAUGAGGGAACGUACACAUGCAUUGCGAGAACCAGCCUAGAUGAGGUUAAUGCGACUGCCCUGCUCACUGUACUGGGUAAGAGAGUUUUGUAAAUAAUAUAGUAUAGAACACCAUUUAUUAUUGACAACGUAUUUCUUGAAAGGUCUGCUGUAUACGUAAAGUCUGAUAGAGAUGGUGAAAUUAAUUAUUGAAAGUAGUUGGUGGUUUGAAUCAGGAUAAAUCCAGAUAAACCCUCCAUAAGUUCUGCUCAGUAAUUUGAAUGUUGUCAUCUAGCCUUUAAUUUUGUAAAAUCUUGUAUUUUGCAGAUGUUCCAGAUGCUCCAACCAAUGUGGAAAUAUCAGAAUUUGGUGGUCCUAGGAAUGUUACCCUGUCUUGGGUGCCUGGAAAUGAUCACAACAGCUCUAUAGCAGGUAACGUCAAUGAGGAAGAGAGGAAGAUACAAAUCCUUAAAAAGGGGGCUGAGAUUGUUGUCAUGGUAAAUAAUUUAAUGGGAGAUGCUCUUACUUGGAGAUCAGCCCAUUAGAUGUUGAAACAAGUGAAUACUAUGUACAUUUAAAAGCCCAAACAAUUGGUCAAUUGUUAUCGAAUGCUAUUUAAUACUAAAAUAAUUAAUGCUAACUUUUUGGGCUUCUCUGCCUGUGUAAAUCCUGACAAACCCAGGGAAACACCUGGUCCAUGUAUAAUAGAAAACUAUAAAAUAGAAGAUUAAUUUGCUAAUUAUUUUCUUCAAUUGCUGCUGUGACAAUAAACAUUCCAAUGUGUUCAAAAUGACAGACACACCUCGGUGCACACUAACUAUCCAGGAUCUUUCCCGCCUUGCCUUCCGAUUUUUACCUGGUUUUCUUCAGUUGUUACUGUACUCAUAACACAUAUUUUGAACAAUACUAAAUACGCAUUAGUACAGAUUUGUGUUCAAAUUAAAGUGUGAUUCAUCUUGGAUGCAAGUUCUGUACAUUGCUAACUGUUCUUGCGUCUCCUCUGCUGCCCAAACGAGCGUGAACUGAUUCAGCGGCUGUGAUCACUGAUGACUGCUUACUUAAGUUCUUUAACAAGUGAGAGCUGCAAAUAGCUGUGAAGCUGUGAAGUGCUGAUAAUCCUGGCACGAAGGCUGGUGUCUCAUUUGUGCUCCAAAAAGAGACUAAAUUAUUUUUAGAACUAAGUGAUGAUGAGAUUUUAUCUCAAUUGAAAAGUGUGUCUUCAUAAUGUUUCGGCUUUGAUAUGCUUUUAUUUUCUCUGAUCAAAAAUUGGAAAAGACAUGUUAGAUAAAGAUCUUUUGUUUGACUGAGAUCAGUUAUAGUCUUAUUUGUUUAAUUGAACAUCUAGGAGCAACACACAUCAGUUUUGAGGCCACCUCUUUUCAGACAAAAUCUGUGGAUCACACAGUCUGGCUACGCACCAGGUGUGUGUUAAAAUAUUCAUUUAAUGUAAUUCAUGUGCUAUGGAAAUUGCCAAAAGCACUAGCUGUGAUUGAAAUCAUUCCCUCGUUUACCCAUUAAUUAUUAGUGACAAGAUAAGUAAGUCUGUUGGCUGGAGGACUGAUAUAUUCAAGACACAUGAAUCAUUACCGUACUUGACAUGCUAACAUGGGUAGUGUCUCUUUUUUCUAUCUCAUUUAUGCAUGUGUCUGUCUAGGAAGAUGGACGAAGCUUUACAUGAGAAGAUAUUUAGAUAUGAUGAAACCUGAGCAAACUCAAUUUUUGGGACACUUGGUUUUGACCUAUGUGAUAAGUAGAGCCCAUGUCUCAGUUCAACUCCAUACCCCUGUUGCUUAUGAAUUCCUAUAAAAAUUUGGAAUCUGGAAAAUAUUAGCACGGCCUAAUAACUGAAAGCAAGUGAGAGUGCCAAAAAAAUGCCAACCAGUAUUCUCUUACUUUAAAUCUAAGCUGAGAUACCCGCUCCUCCUCAAUCCAGACAAAUCUGACAGAUAUGAAAGUUAUUAAUCCUCUCAUCUGACUACAAAAACACGAGGAAAUCAACAUAUGAGACUAACCAUAUUUUUCAGAAUGGUCAUGUAUUCCUCAGUUAGCUUUGUAAUGGUACUAAAUCUAUGCUGUAGAUACUCCAUCAAUCAUGUCAGGUGGCUGUAUUCGAAUUUAAAUGUGUUCUCCUUGCAGUUAUCAUUUUUUCUGAGGUUACAAUUGCUUGUGCAUUUUCCCCUCUCUCUUCCAUGAACAGAGUUUAUAGUGGAGUACGAGGAGAGCCAAUGGGAGCCUGGCAGGUGGAAGGAGCUACAAAAAGUCCCUGGUAACCAGGCAACAGCCGAGCUGGCACUACACGGGCACCUUAACUACCAGUUCAGAGUUUAUGCUAUUAAUGCUGUGGGACCUGGACCCCCUAGUGAGCCCACUGAGAGAUACAAAACACCCCCUGCCGGUAAGACUCACUCCCUUUAAUUAACGUUUUCCGUUGUGGUUAUCUGUUGAUUGAGAAAGCCUGCAAAGUUUAAACAUUUGCCCUGAAAUGCUCUCGAAGGUGUCGUGUGGAGAGAGAGUAGGCUUUGCCUCAAAACUUUAUAAUGGUAGGGGGGUGAUGGUAGGUUAUUUUUGUAUCCAGCAAGAACAGCCUUGUUGUCAAGGGCCAGGCUUAAACAAUAGGAAAAAGGACUCAAAUGCAGAACAAAUGAUUUAAAAAAAAAAAAAAAAAAACUAAAUAAAAAAACAACAAAAACUCAGAAAAAAAGAAAAAAAUUCAAUUGAAAAAUCCCUAAGGCAAAAUCCAACAAAACACACUGGGGAAAAAUCACACAGAGACUAGGGACACAGUGAACCAACCAAGACAGAGGGGAAGACAGGGACAAUAUACACACACAGGGAAACGAGCAACAGGUGAGGUAAACGAGACACAGGUGAAACUCAUGGGUGAUUAACAAAGGAGGGAAAAGCUUGGAGGUAAAACUAGACUAGAAACACAAGGAUUCAACUACUGCCCGCUCGGAUACUACAUGCUACUGCUACGUGCUACUGCUAGAUCCUACUCCUACAUACUAAAAACGUUGGCCCAAUUCGGACACACUAGACGAGCGGUGGGGAAAGACGACCCCCGCAGGCAGAGAGUAGGUACUGCGCCCGUGCAGACAGUGGUAACUGAAGCCCCUCAUCUGCGGGCCUGGCUGUAGUACUGCAGCUGUGCAGUUUAAUGAUGGAAUAAGUGAGCUUUACCUCCAUGAUGUCGCCACUUGCUCAUAAAAUGAUUACUUGGGCAAAUAUGACACCAUGACAUGACAAAGAGAUACAACCGCACAUUUUUAGGGCAGUGUGUGAAGUUACAUGAAACUUACAUCUGUACUGCUGCGGUCCCGCCUGCUGCUGCUGCUGCUCCGACAUGGUGCGCGCUGCUGUGGCCAGCCGGCGUUCGCGACACUUUUAAAUAGGCAGAGCAGCUGGUGGCGCUAGCAUCACAUGCGCUUCUACAACUUUUAAGAGGACGAAGAAGAAGCCCGCGGUGCAUUUUGGGUCAGUAGCAUGCCCGUAGGAUGCACCGAGACCAACCUACAAUGUGGGCGUGUCUAGCAUCUGAAGUAGUAUCUGAAGUAGCAUGCUACUCGCUCCGGUGGCCAAUUCGGACAUGCUAGAUACUACUUCGACUACUACUUCGACUACUACUUGGCAAUUCGGACGCAGCUCUGGAUUCAACUACUUUAAAAUGAAACAGGAAACACUGAAAACUGAUCUAAAGAAUAAAACACAGAACAGGAGGGAAACGGGGUCAACUGAACACUCACAAGACUGGACUACAGGGGAACAGGAACAAUAGGGAACAGAGACACUAAGGAAAAUACACAAAAUAAUGCACCCAAUAAACAAAACCAGGAAAAAACUAAAUUUACAGAACACAUCAUGACAUUUGUGCUGCUAAGUAUCAGCUGGAGCACAAGUUGCUGCAGAACCAUACUGGUUACUCCGGAGAAGAUGGUGAGUUAAACACCCACUGCUUGCCAUAUGACAUGAAUUUAACUGUUUUGAGAACUAGUUUGAUGAUGUACCUUUAUAUGUUUGGUCAAAGAAACAGUCAGCUGAAAGUAUAAUGCUUGUUAAUUUUGAAAGAUUAAAUAUGUAAUAAUGAUACAUCUCCCCAAAGCUCCUGGUAGGAACCCAGAAAACAUCAAGAUUCAUGGCCAUCUUCCUCAUCAAAUGGACAUCAGCUGGGAGGUAAGAGAGGGAACAUAUCCUUGUUGUACUCUGGGAGCCUUAUUUCGGAUUACACACUCAUCCCUGCACUGCUCUGUUGUAGCCACUGUUGCCAAUUGAACACAAUGGACCAGGCCUUGAGUACAAGGUGAGCUACAGGAAGCUUGGGGUAGAGGAUGACUGGAGUUCGAGUUUGGUCAAAAGACACUCCUUUGUCGUGAGGAACACGUCCACUUUUGUCCCCUACGAGAUCAAAAUUCAGAGCAGGAACAGCCACGGCUGGGGACCUGAACCUAAGGUUGUUACUGGUUACUCCGGAGAAGAUGGUGAGUUAAACACCCACUGCUUGCCAUAUGACAUGAAUUUAACUUUGACUAUUUGAUGAUGUACCUUUAUAUGUUUGGAUGCAGCUUCCUUUAACUCUGCUUUUUUGUAUUCAAUUUUCUUAUGGCCAAAGUAGCUAUUAUUUUUCUUGUAUUUUAUUGUGAACUAAUUGCGUCAUUGUAUCCUAUCAGUCAUCUUUUGGCAUUGUCUGCGGGAAAAUGUGUCAGGUUAAGUUCCUUCCUUGUUUUUCUUAUUUCCUGUGAUUUUGACCCUGUGAAGGUGUGCAGUAAAAAAUUUUCUCUUAGAAAGAGAGUGAAAAAACUUUGCUCGCUCCAGCAGGUGGCAGAGAACCUUUGUAGAGUAGUUGGAUGUCAAAUUCCCACUUGAGCCUGAAGCUGUGGGAGAUUUGACUGAUCACCAGGAAUCUUGUGAUUCUUGCCCACUGAGACACAUUUUUCUCCUCUCACUAGCUUUUCCUGUGCAUCCUUCCUUACCUUCUGUGAAGUAAAGUAAAAUAUAGCACAUAUAUAGAACAUUUCCAUCUCAUGUUUGAUUUGUAUUUGCCUCUGUUGUAAAAAAGAAAUGAAAAUGAAACAGCUUUGAUCAAAGCUGUCUUUUUUUGGUAUCCAGAUGAGAACAUAUUUGCUGAUCUAACAGCAAUUAUGUUUUUAUUUACGAUGUUCACAAGCAUCGGGAUCAUCUCUGCAAAGCUUAAAUCAAAAGAACAAGCUCCUCUGUCCUAAAACACGAGAGCUUAGACUUGUAAUAAUGUUCUUUUUCCUACAGCGCAAAAGAGAUUUAGUUUUCUUUCAGCAUCUUUUCAUUUGAUUGAUGAUCAGGCUUUUUCUCUCCAUACAUUUUUGUUGAUAGUGUUUAAGAGUCUCUGCAAAGGUAGCCUGUUGUUUGCAGAGUGUCUGAGUUCCUGACCUUCCUCUGUGUGUUAUUCAGUCCCUACUGCAGCGCCGCGGGAUGUAGCAGUGGAGGUGAUCAACACAACUGUUCUGAGAGUUAGCUGGACCCCAGUUCCACACUCCACAGUCAGAGGUCAUCUCGGGGGCUACAAUGUAAGUCUUCAAGAAUAAUUUCUUUCUGCCGUUUUCUGCUGUUCAAUACAAAAACUUUCAAAGAAACAGAAACUUUGGACCGCAAUGAUCAAGUGUUUUUAAGCGUAAAAUGUCUGUACAUUUACAUGAAAAAGGCUGGUACCAAGAGGGUAGCAGUGUAUAUGCAGAUAUAUAUUUAUUUAUUUAUAAGUGGUGGGCGAUAUAGCCUCAAAAUGAUAUCACAAUAUUUCAAGGCCAUUUGUGAUAUCAAUAUUUGUGACGAUUUGUAAAAAAAAUUACAGAACAUAUCAUUAGUAGCUGCUGCUUCCAAAAACAGUUUUUUUAUUAUUGGUGUUAACAAGGGGUCCAAUUAUGAAAAUAAAUUCAGAUUUGCCAUACAUAAACAGGACAGUAGUUUAUAACCCCUCCUAAAAAUAUUUUUUCCCAUGUUUUUUAAUUUAAAUAUGUCCUCAAACAUAAAAGUGACAACAUUGACAACAUUAUCCCUGUUGUCUGUUGUUACACACACGCACGCACACACACACACACACACACACACACACACACACACACACACACACACACACGCACACACACACACGCACACACACACACACACACACACACACCUGUUUGUCCUCUUGUAGAUUUCAUGACUCAAGAAACUCCCUGAAUCCACUCACAAUGUUUUCUCUUAUGUGAUCCUCUGGAAAGUAGCAGGUUUCAAGACAGGAGUUGUGCAGCUUCCAGUAGUAGUCUAUGUAAUGGACCGUUGGGCUGACAUAAGGUUUGGAGGUUAGGCUUUACCACGUCAAUCGUACAGGCGAUUUUUUUUAUUAAGUGUUUAAAGCCAUCCUUUCCAACAGCCUAAAUAGCAUGUCUUUGGCCUAAUAAUAUGUGACUGCUUCAAUAAUGUCCUGACCCCGUAUUCUUUUUUUUUUUUUUUUUUUUCAUACUGAGUGCAGCGAGUGUUCCUGCAAUAAUGCUCAAUUAAGCCAUUUGUUGACUUGUACUCUGAACACCUGAAGCUGCUUUCACGUCCUCAUCAUGUGCCUUCAAAGCCUGCUGUUAUUCGGCCAUGUGUUUUAGCUUAUUAAACUUAUUAGCUGUGUUAGCACAACACAACCAUCCAUGUACAUUUCUUAUUACCUUGAGGGCACCUAGGUUAUAACCAUAAUCAUUUGUUCCCUUUAGUCAGUUCACUCUGUACAGCACACACUGUCAGACAUUUUCUCACCAAGGAUCAGCCAUUCAACAAAAAUCAAACCCUCAUCAACCCAGUAGGAAAGACAGAAUGAUCCACUUAAGGGGCUGUCACAUCAAGAUGGCAAAACCAAAUAAAAGGAAGGUGUGAUGAUGCCCAGCCUGCAGCAGAACAUUUAUCACUCAUGGUUAAACGAUCUAGAAAAUAGCAUGAUGUUUUCAUGCUAUGCUUAAAUGUGCCUGUCCAUAAAGAGGCAACCUCUGCUGUUCUGUGCCAGUGAGAUGACCUCCAGAGUUCAGCCAAAAGCAGCUGUUUAGAUAGAGCUUUGCCACUAUCUGGAUUAACAAAAGAAGGCAAAUAGCUGGUCAUGUAAACAUGCCCUCUGAGUUCAAACUAUAUAGGUGUGCACUACACCCACAGGACCAGGAAAACCAGUCUUCUUAGAAGCUAAUAGGCAGGGUAACAGCUCAUGUUUAAAAGCCAUGGAGCAAUAGUCUGCAGGGGUAAUUUCAGGCCAUUGCAUACAUCCAGGUGUAAUGCAACCUCAAAGCUAUCCCAAGUGAACUGCAUAUAUGUGGGAUGCACAAUGAAAGCAUGAAGAUCUCCAACAGUGGUUUUGAGGUCAAACAGGAAGCUGUGCAGUCAUGUGUAAAAUAAAUUCAUAUCUGAAAACUCAACAGGCUUAAAAGCAGGACCACUAAGUCUCCAGAAAAAGAGUACCGGCACCAGAUCUCACAAGGGGUCAAAGACUUUGACCUCUGUCAGUGGGUUUCUUUUGAAAAUGUGUUUCAGAGCAUUAAAGCCUGGUGUCAAUCCAUCAAAGGCAACUUGACAAAUUUUGACAAACCAAAAAGACCUCUAUCAAAGAAAAAGAGAGACCCUCAUCCGACAGACUCUUAAGUAACACCACCAUGUCCACAUUAGAGAACCUGGAGUGUAUUUCCUGUGACCACUUCCUGAAUGCCCACGUUUAAAGGCCUAUAGGCCUUAAGUGGAUGAUGCCCCAGACUCUCUAUUACAGCUUCUGGCACUUGUGGGAAAAUUGUUAGCUUUGAAUUUGUACUCUCAGUAGAUAGGUAAGAAAGUGCCUCAGUUCUGGGUGUGAAUAAUUCACCUUUUUUCACCUCAGAGAGAUGAGGUCCCUACAGAGAGGAAACUGCCAGGGCCUCGCUGACAGCAUGCUCGCUAUCUCCUCAUACCAUGUCUUCGCUGGCCACUGGGGGACCACCAGGUCUAGGAACUUUUUCCUCUAGAAAUCCUUCCCUUAAUAGGCAGUAUCAUUUCCACUGGGGAAGUGGAUACUAGAGUGUACUGGGCCAUCCAAAAGGACAGGGGCAGUGGGUAUUUACCCCCUAAGAAAAGAAAUCAUAUCCCCCUCUACUCAGUUGUUCCAGGCUAGUGGAGUAGACUCUCAGAAGUCUCCACAGUAGGAAGCUGUCCACCUCAAGGUUCAGGUGGCCUGGGACAUGAGAGACUAUUAGACACUUGAAAAUCCCUCCACAACAGCGAUAACAGCAGAAGAGUUUUUCACACUUUAAAAGAAAAAAAAUAAUAAUGACACGCAAUGAACCCUAUCAGAACUUGUUGACUAAAUGGCAACACCAAGAAUUCACCGGCUAAGUCUUUGAAUACAAACUUAAAAAAUAGCAGAAAGUAUUAAAUGGAAAGUAUUAAUGCAGAACUUCAUUCAGCCCCAAACUGACUGACCGCUCCAAGUACUUUUAUAUUACCCGUCACUCUCACCCAUUCACACCUUACUCAUAUACUAUUAUUACUAUAAUGGCAGAGGCUGCAACAUAAAGAGCCAAUCAGUACUAAGAAAAUCCAUUCAUACACUGCAGGUGUAUGGGAAAAUUAGGGAAAACCUUGGCAGGUGGACUAUAGGACCUGGAAUAAAACUGCCAAUCUUUGGAUUUAGAGACGAAGUUGAAAGCUAGCUACUGGGACACUUGCUAUUAUAAAGCAAGACCUAACAGGAGACCUUUUGGUCCAGGUCAAGAAGGUUUUCCCUCUGAGACACUGACACAAUCCGAAGGCUGUUUGGGAAGGUCUUGCUCCAGGCAGAAUGUCCUGGAUUGUGAUUUGAUCAUUGAAGCUUCAACUGCUUGGAGCCUGAACUUGGAGGCAUUACUGCUUUUUGAGGAGAGGCAGUGAAACUGCAGGUUUGCCAGAGUUGGAGGCAGCUUGGAUUUCAUAUUGUGUCAAGGAAUGAUAAGCAAAGCCUCUGGCUGUGUCUUCCUCAAGAUACUAUGCCCAGGUAGUGCCAGGCAACUGUCAAAACAAACCUGCCACAGAAAUAAGUUCAUCUUAGGAAAUGGUUCUGCUCCAGUCUGGAACUCCGGAGUGUCACAGGUGCCUCUGUGUCUUGACUCUGUAUUGCCACACACACACCUCAGCUGUAGCAGUGACUGUUAACUACCAAAAGAAAAAAAAUAUAUAGCUGAAUCGAACUAGUCUAACUUCACAACUUAGAGAUGUGUGUGAUGGAAACACAUAUCUGUGGACACACAUUCAGGCCAAUUUAGGAAGUAAAGUGCAACACUUAAGUAAAUCCACUGAAACUCUGGAUCCUGUUUUCUAUAGUUUAGUCAGUCCCCAUGUAAAGGCGUUGUCAUUAAAAUUAUAUAGCACAGUCACCAUUUGAAGUAGCAAUUUAUCACACUCUGUCACUUUAGGUAAUUGGUACAAAACUUAUCAGACUCAGAGGUGAUGUGUGUUGUCAGAUUUCAGAUGCCUCAUUACAGUGGCAAGCAGACACAACUUUCUGCUAUUCCAUAUAUUCUGUUUUCUUGUUUUAUGUUCCUCUUCAUGCUUCUCAUCCUCUCUUCCCUCUCUGUGGUCUGCUCAGACUUGUUCAGUUUUCUCCUUUACUUUUAUCUUACAGGUUCACUGGGUGAGAAAACAGAGUCUGCUUAAUCCCAGUAAGAUUUUGGAAGAGCGACAUUCCCUGUCUUUUCCUGGGAAGAGGAACCACGCCAUCGUGCCACAGCUGGAACCCUUCUCUGAGUACAGACUCACAGUCAACGUUUUCAACAAGAAGGGCAAUGGGCCCAUCAGUGACCCUGUGACCUUCAACACGCCAGAGGGAGGUGAGGUGACACAAUCAUACACAACACAUCAGUCUUUGGCUCAUUUGAAUCUAAAUAAAUAAAUCAAAACCCUACAGAUAACAGGAGGAAAGUUUUGUACAUGUUGGAUCUUUGAGUGACUCUGGCUCAAGACAAAAUGUUUUACAAAAGCUCAAUCACACAUUUACAUUAAAGUCCCCAUCUCUACCCAGCUGUACUUGGCUUAUUGUAUUUUUUUGUUUUCUUUUUUACUUCCAUGUUCGUGCUCCACCAUGCAGAAUAAGAAAUAGGCUGUUUUGACACUUGUCAUAUUUAUCUGUCAAAAGGGGAAAACGUCUCUGUGCUCACCUUAAAUCUAUGUUGAAGGGAUUUAUUCACCAGAAUGAUUCAUGACAUUAACAAUCAUUUGGAAAUCGACUAUGUCUCAGUGUGAUCUGCCAAAGCACGUCCACUGACAAAGAAGAUGUGUAUCAUGUGUUAAUAUUUAAGACAUAAAACAAUUAAACAUUCUAUUCAUUGAUAAUGCAUUUUUCAAAGAUGAGGCAGUAACAGAUGUAAACAGGAAUUUGUGUAAACAGAUCAGACCACAAUUAUGAUUUUAUAUGCCUUUCAACAUGUCUGAAGGAUAAAUUAAAAUGAAAUAGCUACAGAAUUGCAUUCAGCCUCAAGACCAGGACUGAAAGAUGGCAUCAAAGCCUGCGUGAUUCACAAAAAUCCUUGUUAAAGGCUGCUCUAUGUUGCAGCAUUGUGAGGUGAGAAGGACACCUCUGACAGGGAAACUGCAUAUGCUAUAUCACCAUAAAGUUCACUUUAGGAGUUUGGAGAAAGGUUAAAAAAAAGUGGGUGUAAAAGAAAAGUGUAUUAAAUUUUACUUAUUUGGAUUUGGCAGACACAAUAAACUGCUCAUGAAUUCCCUUUUAUGCAGAAGCCGCAACAAUAUUUUCCUUUUCAUAGUUCCUCAGCAGGUGCCCAUUCUGACCGCCUCCAACGCCCAGACAGACUCCAUACGGCUGGUAUGGGGCCCACCGCUGGAAGCAAAUGGCAUCCUCACUGGUUACCUCCUGCACUACCACCGCCGUGAGUACACACAUGAAAAAAAAAACUGUCCAACUAAUACACUAUAGACCUUUGGCUCCAUGCUGAGGUCUUCUUUAAUAGAUUUCUAUUAGCAUAAAGAUAGUUUCUGUGGGUAAAGAAUGAGAAGAGUUUUUAGCAAAAAAGGAUAGGUGGGAAAGACAGGGUUGCAGAGAAAGUUUGGAUUUGGAUACUACAUGGUGAUGUUGAUAUGAUAAACCUAAAACAUAGUUCAAACUCUAUCCUCUACUCUUCCUACCUUUCCUUUACAUUUUGUGUUAUCAUACAAGACACUAGGUUGCACUGUUUGACACUGAACUCUGCACAAUAGUCUGCAGCAGCCCAAUUGUGCACCCUACUUAAGAUUGUGCUUCGACAGUUUCCUCAGUGCUUCUUAUCUGGUAUCCUCCUGGACUACAGGUUCUUCUCAAAGAGGAUCAUUUAUGCAGCUGCUGUUGGUACCUUCUGUAUUAAUUUCUUGGAGCGUUUAUCUCUCAGAAGAAUUUCCUCUUCCUAAAAAAAGAAUAGAGAAGGAGAGAGAGAGAGAGAGAGAGAGAACGCCCCGCCUUUACGCUCGAGAACAGUUAGGGCGAACAAGUGAGUGAGGGGCUUUCAUUACGCUUCCUCUGUUUUCAAAGCCUACACUGUCGUUGGCUGACAUUUCUGAAAUCUUUUGUGUAAAAUGUGAAGGCAGAGACAGCCCUUUGCCGCCUCCACCAGCACCCACAGAGUCUGGCCGGCUCUUCAAUACACUCUGUCCCCCUUUCCUUUCUGCCUUUUCCCAUAUCAGAUGUCAGGCUUUACACAGAUAUUCCCACACAAUGCAGGCUGUGGGUGUUGGAGAUUUUCUAACUGAACUGAUUCACCAUGAAACUCAAGUAUAUUUGAAAUGCAUCUUUCUGUUAACUCUGUAAAUGUAACGAGAGCUUUACAGUGAGUAAAGUAUGAACGUGCAGUCGACUCAUAAAAGGGCUGUGUAAUUGGUCAUUGUAUAACCUUUUGAUGUUUAAAUGACUGUGAGAUCUCCUGUUUUCACUGCUGCAAGCGUCAAUUUUCCAAAGUAGCACAGCAGGCUUGGCACACGUUCAGUUCCUACCUGCAUUUUUAACAUUGGCACGGCAAUGACAUAAAGCAGGCAGGCGGGGGGAGUGUUGCAGGAGAGGUGUGUUAGUUUCUGCACACAUACUGUACUUUGAUCUAUUAUGCAAGUUUGGUGAUCCAUUAUGCUGCUUGUGAUUGUUACUGCUCUGAUUUUCUACCACUGCUUCUGCCUUAUGUUUUUUUUUUCCUUCUUUAGUCUCUUUGUGUUCCUUCUGCUUUCCCACCUGUUUUCGUAUUUUUCUCUUUUCAGCUGUUUUUCAGCCUUUUCUUCAUCAUACCUUCUUCAAAUCCUCCUCCUCACUUUCCGUCUCUUCUCCUCCUCUUUUCAUCCAUUGCUACUUGUUUACACUCUCCCUCCUCCUCCUCCCCUUGAGCUCUCUAUCUCCUUCUUUCAUCUCCUCCUGCCUCUCUCCGUAAUGCAUUCCUCCUCAGCUCACCUGUCACGACUUGUAUCUGCUCCGUUCACUUUCUGCAUGAGCUAGCAUGACAUCCCUUCAUCUUCUCCCUCCCUCAGCCAUUGACCCUCAUUAUAGCUGUGUUCUAUUAACAUACAACAUGAGCCAACAGUGAUGACUUUUUCUGUGUCUCUCCAUCGGAGGCUCACUCAUGCCUCCUGAACUGACCUGACAUCUUUCUCCUUCCUCCAUAGUUAAUGAGACCACACUGGAGGUGGUUGAUUCCCAGGAGAUAAACAUCACUGGGGCUGACACCUCCCAGUGGCAGCUCCAGGGCUUAGAGGAUGGCAGCCUCUACCGCUUCCACCUCAGUGCGUGCACUCGAGCAGGUUGUGGACCUCCGCUGGCACAGGAGGGCAGCACCAUUGCACAAGCACGUGAGUAGAAGAAAUCGAUGUACCUAUCGUGGUAGCGGGUCAAGAAAGAUAUCAUUUGGUUUGUGUAUGAGAACUCCUCCAGUGUUACUGAAGUGUACAGCAGCACACUCCAGACAAGGUUGUUGCAAUGUGAGAACUCAUUCAAAAUCACAAUGCUUGUUGUGAUUGAUUGUGAUGCGCUGUGAUUUUUUUUUUUUCUUUUUUGCAAAACCGUUUUCAACAACAGCUUCCUUACAUCCAUCAUGGAUCUGAGGGCAACCAGUCAACCCUGAUAGAGAAAAUAAAUAAACUGAUGAUGUGAUAAUCCGUUUAUUUUAUCCAAGUCUGGAAAAUUUUUUGAUUUGAUUCCAAGCACAUGCUAUGCACACGGGAAUAGGUACGAAAAAUGUGUGUUAUUACAAGACAUGAAUAGUCCCAUAAUUGAAAGAAAUUGGUAUCUUUAUUAUCUGAUGCAGAGAUUUUGAUCCUUGUAUGAUUUUUCUGUUGCACAUCGUUGCCUCACUAGAUUUUUUAUUCCUGAAAGCAGUUUGAUCUCAAGCCAUCCAGAGCAUGUAUCCAAGAGAAAAUACUUUGAUUAAAUAAGUUUUUUUAAAUAUACAUGUGUGGCUUAUCUAAAGCUCAAGUCCAGUGAUCUCUCUUUAUAGUUUUAUUCUAAAGUUGAGCAAAAGAGCAUCUCCUGUUUUAUCCCUUUAAGUACCAUUUAUAGUCUGCCGGAGAUGAAAGCAUGAAUAAGCUUUGUGGCAGCUUGCUAGCUUAAGAGUGCCAGUGUCCUGGCAGCUUUUCCCACAUUGUCUGAGUGUUUGGACUUCAUCUAAACUUGAUUAAAUGAAAGAAUGCUAUUUUGGCCACUCAACAGAUGUUCAAUUUAAAGCUUAGUUCAAAUUUAAAGAUGUGGGCUUUAAAUGUGGCUUCUGAUUUGAUCCAGAAGCAAAUAUUCUUGGAUAGUGCAGCUCUCUGGCCUUGAUGCUGAGAGAAAGAUACAGGGAGAGAACUUUUUGAUUACUUGGAGCCAUGGAAAGAUUUGAUUCAUCGAGUUCUUUUGAGCAGAAAGACAGAAUGCAAGUGAGCUUUGGCUCUGCUGAAAUGUGAAGUCGUGUGUUUUGUAAAGCUGUAAAAAAACACUCUGAAGACAUUAACUGACUGAGGUCUAAAAAGUGAGAAGUUUGUGUUUGAUUAUCAACACAGUAUUUCAAUGCAAAGGCAAAAGGUGUCACUUCAAGAACUGAGAAGAAGACUUUAAAUCACCUUCAGAUAAGUGCAGACAAAACAGCUCCAACAAACAGACAUUAUUGAGGGUUAUAAAUCAUAUCCAAAUAAUGGACUGAAUUUUUAUUGCUGGGCUCUUGUUUGCCUAAAAAUCAGACUGUAAUGUCUGCAGCUUUGUAAGAGCUUGGUUUGAGUAACAUUCAUAAGAAUCUGCUAUACAGGCUGUUAUUUUAUUUUAUUUUAAUUUAUUUUAUUUUAGGGUUCUGAAAACAGCUCAAGGAAUCCCAGUCUCCUUAGAUACACAUAUUUAAACAUUAAAUACACAUUCAAAUCAACAGAUAUAACUAAAACAAGACAUCAGACUGUGGAUUUCCUCUCAAGCCCAAACAGUGUGGGGCAGAUAUUAAAAAAAAACAUCACAGCUGCCUGUAUUUUGAAGUCAAGAAUCCAGGUGUUUUCAUCUUCAGCUUUUUUACAGGCUUUAAAAUUUUUUGAUCUAUUUGAAAGAUUCUCCAGUUCUCCAGUGGAGUCAGAAGUUAAAGCAGAAUUUUACAGCUGAUCUAGGGAUCAAUAGUUCACUCCUGCCAUAGUUCUUCUGAUUAUCCUCGAUAAAAAAGUCUUAUUAUAUAUUGUUCUUCUCUUUAUCAAUUGAUUAAACACUGACCCACAGUUCAGCUUUCUGCUGUCUUUUGGCAGCUCCACAUGAUCUGUAUAGAGCUCAAAUAGAGUUUAUAAAUCAUGGUAAUGUUCUGUCGCACAACUCUUUAAUGACCUUGAGUGUUCAUCAGGUUGUUGUUCAGGGUGUCAUCCAUUACAGCCGCAGAGCCAGACUCGCUGCGAGAAUUAAUGAGCUGAUAAGUUCAGAGAACCAAACCUCUGCUGCAGCAUCUCUGACCCUUUUCUCUGCAAUGCUUUUCUGACGCUUGAAUAAUAACAUCAACGAUCAGAUCUUACUUUUAAAUAUCACAUUAUAUGCAUAGUAAGAUACAAGCCACCAUGAAGUUCAGAGUAAUUUGUAUGAUUUAUUAUUUAUUAAAUUCACCAAAAUUCAGAUAACCCAGGAUUAAAUAUUAGACAUUAGCUACUUGUAUAAUGAAUGACAAAUGAAGGUCCACAUACUGGUCACAAAGGAAGUACAGGGAAUCUGGACUGGGAAACUAAAUGCAAAGCCUCCCUUCUUUCAACAUCAGCUUAUUUAACUAUAAGAUGUAUGAAUACAUUUGAUCACAGCAUCAUUUAUUCAGUAAUAAUGUCCUUGACAUUUGGAAAAAAGAUACAGAAUAUUCAUUUUUUGUGGUUAAAGUGAGACAGUCAUGGUCAAAAUUGGUGCAGUCCACUUCUAUAAGUCUCCAUUUCAGCCUCCCCAUUUGACCACCAGGGGGUGCCAAAGUCAAAAAAUGUUAAAUCAAUAGAGUGGUUUUAAUUUGUAUUUCCCAUCAAGUAUGGCCAUGCACCGUCUCUUCCUAUCUGCUCUUUGUAUGACAUUUUGAACUAGUGGUGCAAUGAAACAGAGGAUAGUUUUCAGCCAUUCAGGUCAGAGAUUGACAACACUGCCUACCUGCCUGCCUUUAUGUACAGAUCCUUUAACAGAUUAUAUGUAGAACAUUUCCUCCCUGUUAGUCCAAGAGAAUACUGACAACGAGCUGAGCGGUUUCACGAAACACUUCUCCCUUCAUUUCUUUAAAGAUGAGAGUUCAGGAGGAAAUGUUAGUCUACUCCAUCUGAGUGCUGUCAUAAAAGUUGCUCAGCCCUCUCUGUAUUGGUCUUUGCUGUUAGAGGCUCUAUAUUUUUGUAGGUGGAUGUCCAGCCUGAGAGCCAUUAGCUACAUUGUUUGUAAAUCUGGUUGAGAAGAGGCUCAGUUGGGAGAUAAAGUGGUUCAGUUUCUGAACACUGUCCUCGGGGUAUGUUAGUCACAAUGCGGCAGAGUAAAUUUAUGGAUGCCAAUAGCACGAAGCAGGGGCACGGUGAGUUGAGAGACGUUGAUGAGGAGUGAUGGAGUGACAGGGAAAAAAUAGCAAGCCCAGGCUAUCGAGUGUUUGGAUUACACCUUUGUGUUUGACUGAGCUUUUAAUUCGCAUUGCCAUUUAGUUAGGAAAACAAAGAGUUCUCAGUCACAGAAGCUGGUGUCAACAAAUCACAGACCAAGAUAGGAAAUAAAACAGGCAGCCUAUCAAAGUGUUUGAUUGUUAGUAUAUGCAUCCAAGUGAGUUUAUUAAAAAGGUUUGUAAUGCAAAGACAGUGGCUAAUCAUAAGAGACAGAAAAAGAAACAGACUGUGAGAAAGAGGGGCAGGAAAGCUAAAAGAAAAGAGCUAACUGCCAAGACUGUGGCAGACACAGAAAUAAUAUCUAUUCUUCUGCAUCAGGUCUCAUGAGAUAACAAAGGAGCAAAGAUAAAGCGGACUGCAAACAUGACAAAAAAGCACAGAGUCACACAGGAAUAACCAGCUCCCCCUGAGAAUAAAUCAUUUGCUCUUUGACACAACAUUUGAACACCCAGCUCGUUAUCUCGAACGCGUUUGCUAACAGUUUAAACUUAAUGUUUGAAAAGUUUAUUUGGAAACAUAAUUAUCAAGGGCUGACUUCAGUUUCAACGCAGCCCUGGAUUGAAUAAUCAGAGCAGAACAGGCUGUGUUGGUGCACAGCAGUGUUAAUUUUUUAAUAUGAGUUCACACAAUAUAAUGCAACAGAGAGAAUACAAUAUUCACACCAGGCAGUGUGAGACGUGGUACAGGCAACAACAUGUGCAGAAUCAAUGAGUAUCUCUGCUACAGGUAGUGAAAGCAUUUUACCAGGGAGUGCAAAUUCAAGUAAUGUAACAAUGAAAAAAUAACACCUCAGAAGUGAUUCAAAGUGAAGUGCCCAUAACCUAAUACCAUAGCCAUAAGCUAUACCAGUUGACUUUGGAGGGUCACAGGAGGUUGAAGCCAAUCUUAGCUGACAUUUUGCAAAAAGGAGGGGGUUCACUCUUGACAGGUUUCCAGUCAACCACUGUGCUGACAUACAGAGACAGAAAACAUUUCAGGCUCAUUGUUGUAGAGCUGCAAAGAGCAGUAAAUGACCCGACAUGUAUUGUUUGCUUUGGCCUUCGGGAUGAAAGCAAACAAAACCCUCUUGUUUAAGGCAUCAGUGCUGUGCAUCAUACCAUACUACCCCCAUAACCUCAGAAAAAAUAUAAAUAUAUAUAUAUUUACUCAAUAUUCAUGUGUCAUCAAGUUUUCUCUUGUUAUCUGGGAACACAGUCUCUUCACAACUGUGCUGCUCACACUGACUGUAAUCAGGUUAGACAUUUGACAAUACCUUUUUUAAGGAUUAGCAUUUAUAGGCACUAUAAUGAGAAGCUGCUCAUAAAUUCCUGAGGCAGUUUUAAGUUGCAUUUCUCCACAGAAAUUGAGUCUUAAAUGAAAGGGAUAGAUAAAAGGCUCUUGUAUACAAUGGUUUUAUUACCCACAAGGGAUGCCAGCUUUGCCCUUGUAUCGAGAAACCAGGAGGACAUGGAAGCUGGGCUGUCUGUUGCUGCAGAUGGGGUCAGAGCUUUGCAUUCCUGUCAGAAAUCAAGUCCACUGUUGGUAGACUGGCCUUGGUAUCAGGUCUUUACCGUGUUCCUCAAUGAAAGGCUAAACUAACCAGCAUCUACUAUACUAUACUUACUAAUGAAACAUACCUCAUACAAACCCACUUUAAAAUAAAAACAACAAGACAUCUGUUUAAUCAGGUGGCCAGCAACAGAAUUCCUCAUUAUUCUUAAUAUUGCUUUGUUCUGAAUGUGUACAAAAAUGACUAUAACACUGACAUAUCAAUCCGUGUAUCAUUUGUCCAUUUUGAUUUUCAAAAUAAAACGAAAAAAAUGAGAAAAUAAUUUUUGGUAACCGGGCCCACAGCUGUGUGUCUGAUUUGUGUCCUUUUCUCCUCAGGGUGUUUUGGGCACAGAACCCUCUGACGGACAUUUCAGGGCUUUGAGUUUUGCCUUCCUAAAAAAAAGUGCUGUAUGAGAUCUGAAUAAUUUUUCUAAGUCCAGCCAUAAUGCUGAAGCCCAUUUCCUGUUCACUUGCGGGUCAUGAAACUUUCUUCUGACAAAAAAGUCGAAAUCAGACCAAACUGUUGUUCUCUGUUUAUCCCAUUUGCAUUUGAGCUGAAGAAAACGGAAAAUGAGCUGUGAUCUGUUUUUUCAUUUUCAUAAAUAUUUAGAAAACAAUUCACUUUCUCAUUUUUUCAUUUUUGGUUUUAUUUUGAAAAUCAAAUGAACGAAUGAUACACGGAUUCACAUCCCUACUUUAACAUUAAAGCGCUGAUUUGUCAGUAUUUUGCUUGAAUCUUGGAAUUAUAAUUGGCCUAUGUUUUGGAUAAUGGUCAAACUGGGAUUUUAAUAUCUUAGAGGAAAGCAUAAAUAAAAUUCAUUAGCUAUAUAUUUAUUUAGAUACUUAUUAAUUUUUUCCUUUGAUGAGAAAUAUAACUCUGGAGUUAUUCCAGACUCCACAGUUUUGAGUGUCUUCUUCAAUUUUUAUUUAUAUUUUUUUGUGAUGUGCAUCAUAGGAUAUCAUUGUCAAUCAACACUCCACCCACUGGUGGUGCAGUUCUUCACUAGUCACCAAAUGUAGAGAACCAGUGACAAACAGAUCACUCAUGCAGGCACACACCUGCAUCUUAAUGUGUCUGUGAGAAUGCCCACACACGUGUUUGUGUGUGCUGUCCUUGUGGCUGAACAUGCACAUGUCUGCGUGGGUGUGGGUGCGUGCGUGUGUGUGUGUGUGUUUGUGCCUGGUCUAAGCUGGCUUUCCAUAUUUCUGUAAUCUUCUGCUGUAUUUCGUUUUCUUUUUAUCCCUCUGAAGAUUUGUCCCCAACUCCAGCUGUGGCCCCUGAUCAGAGCAGUACGUAUGGCUGCUUGUAGCCUCUGUAGCACGCAAACAUAGAAGUAGUGGUAGAAGUAGUGGCACACAGUGUUGUGGGCCUCUUUGUGUUGUGUUGUGUAGUUUCGUCAUCAAAAGCCUGACCUUUCUUGUUGAAGAAACAUAGUUUGAGAAAUUCCUGAACCCCAGCUCUGGAAAGACAAAACAUUUCUAUAUGAAAACACCCUGUCAGAAAGUGACAAUUGCAGUUUGAAUUUGCAAUUCACAUUCAUUAUUUAGAAUCCCUGCCACCUUUUAUAGUCUGUUUACUAUCACUUGCAGUGUUCUUGCACAGUUACUACCAUUAAUCUGGUUUUCCCAGUUGCUUUAACAAUGCUGCCUUCAUGUAGUCUGCAGAGCUGCCUUGUUGCACAGAGUACAGCAUAAGACCUGACAGUGUUGUAGCAGGAAUCUAACAUCUGAGGCUCCUCUUUCCUUUCAGGCCACAACUGCUCUCUUUCCUUUUCCGGCUCCUUCCCCGGCAAUUCUACUCAUCCCCCUUUAGGUAUAUAACUCACUCUCACACAUGCACAUCCAAUGAUAUCACUGUGAUCUCAUCUUCACCUGCCUCAACUUCCAGCUAACAAUGGAAUCUGAGACGUGGAGUCUUUUCAAUCUAUUCUGAUAUCAGCUCAUGGUGGGGGGCGUCAAGAAAUGCCAGCUUUGCUUAAGAGAGUGAAGACUAGAUGUCACUCCCGCCCACGAUCUCUAUAUCUACCCUUUAUGAGCCUAAAUCCAGCUCCACUCAAUUAAGUCUGGGGCCAAGCGUUGCCUUUUGAACUGUCGUCUUGAAGGGUUUUCUGCAAGCUGCACUGUUCUCAAGCUGCGGGGGAACCUAUUUGCCUCUGCUAAUCCUCUUUUCCUGCCUUCUAUCUGCUUUUCUCUGUGCCUGUCUGUGUUUUUCCUUUCCUCCUUAUUUUUUCCUCCUCCUAUUUUCUUCCUCUUUUUUUUAUCAGUUCCAGUCCUGUUGAACAUAAGCUCCUAUGUGAGUGACACCUUUGCCAAAAUCAGCUGGACUGCCUCAGAGGAACAGCAGGACUCGCAGCUUUAUGUGGCUUAUAUGAAUAACCGUAAGCUACUUUUCCUGUCCCCGCCUUAAUAAAUAUUUACAUGAUUUUUGGGUGUCAUCAUGUUUAGGUGCGACUGUGAAGGUUUCAUAUAAACAUCUAAAAAUAUAUUGUAAGCUGAACAUUAACAUAGCUCCUCCAUCAUUCUCAGAUUUCCUUGAAAUGUAUUAAAUAUAUUCAAAGAAAUAAAUGCCAUUCUGUGAAUAACUGCAAUAACUUAAGAAUCAUUUCACACCUGGAAAAACACCUAUCCUAUCUUUUCCUCUUGAUAGCAUGGAUGCUAAUACACACUUGCUGCUUGUGCACUUCCUGUGCUUGACUGUGUAGGUGAUGGUAACUGGCGGAUUUCAGAGGCUGUAAACACUUCUCAGAAUUUCCACAUAAUCGAUGGGCUCAAACCUGGGACGGUGUACACCGUACGCCUAAUGGCCAACAGGCUGCUCGAUAACUCUAGCUUUUUCGAAGAAGUUAUCCAGACAAGAGUCAAAGGUGAGACUAGAGAGCAGUGUUGUGGUCUGUAGAGUUCAGAUAUUUGAGUUCUAACUUGUCAUACUGCAGUAACACUAGAGCAUUUUUUACAAAAUUGAUUUUGAUUGUGGUGAAUGUGAGAAUUAAUUUAUUUUUCUUGCAUUUUUGGGUAUAUUUUUGUGUGUUUUUUUCCUAUCUUAUAUUCUUUGAAGACACAGAGUGGUAUAGCUGAAGGGAAUAUGAGUCAAACAGGACGUGAGAACAUCCUCUCAAACUAGAAUCCAUCAUGUUUUUCUCUUUCAGUCAAAUAAAAAGUUGUUUGGGGAGCGCUCGAGGGGACUGUCGUGCUCAAAUACACCAAGAUGUAAAGUCGAGCUCUGAGCUUUUUGUCUGCGCUGCUUUUGUUUUUGUUCUCAGGUGUGGGAGGGCAGCAGAGUGAGUUCUCGACCCAGGGCUGGUUCAUUGGGACAAUGUGCGCGGUCGCACUUCUUACCCUCAUCGCCCUCAUGGCCUGUUUUGUGCGGAGAAACAAAGGUGGCAAGUAUGCAGGUACGCCACUGCCUCCCCAGCGACAAGACAUGUUCUCCAUGGAAAAAGGUCAGUUGGUCUUUGAGCAGGGUUGAGUCCAAUUGUUGUUUUCACUUUUGGAGGUGAACAAAAACUCACUACGUGGAAUGAACAGGACAUUUAAAAGACUCUGAUUUAAUUUAAUUUGAGUUAUCUCCAGGAUGACCAAUUUGUUCUGACUUUAAAGUGAUUUCAGAUGACCUCCUGAAAACAUGAAAAUUUUCCGUUGGCCUCAACCCUGACCUCUUUUUCUGCUUGGGAAUCUUUCCUGCGUGUUGGAAAACCUCACAUGCUAACCCUGCAGAACUCAAGGAAUCAUUAACCCUAAAUCGACUGUCCGUGACAUGCAUGCAGCACGAGUAAGUUCACUGGCAUGUGAGAUAAUUUGCUUGGCCCAGUUUGUUCCCCUGCUUGGUACCUCUGAUUACGCACCCUGUCAAGCCAGAUGAUUGGGAACCAGCUGGCUUUGUUCCACACCUCCCUCCACCCCUCACCUGUGCAGACCUUCCUGGCUCUCGCUCUGAACCUCUGCUCUGUUUUGAAUCAGAGCCAAAUUCAGCCCCACAAUGAAGCCUGGUGCAAAGUGUGUCCUCGCUGGGUUUCCUUUUCUUUCAACCUGCUUUCCCGCCGUCUCCCCAUCACUCCACUUCUUUGCCUGCAGAAGCUUUUGACACGAAGCACUGAAUAUUUCAUCAGCUUCUUUGGAUUCCCCCUUUACCCGACCAGCUCUUUUCAUGAAACCCCUCUUUUGUCUCUCUUGAAAGCAACUGGUAUUUCUAAAAACAUAUUUACACAAAGAGCCGAUGUGUAGCACUUUGUGCAGACAUACUGCAGAGAGGCUUUCAGUGUACAGGCUUGAUAUAAUGUUUACACGCUCUUUUCAGUUAUAAUUUUGGAAGUUAAACUCUUACAUAGACUCGAGAGAUUCAGAACUUCAGAUCAAUUAUUCCUGCAGCCCUACAAAGCAUUAGUGUGGAGUUUGCUUUUGCUCUAGUCUCCAAGAAAUGUCUGACAGAAAAUCACUGAAGUUGAUUAAAUCUAGCACAAGGCAGAUGCUGCUGUUUGUGUAAUUUCCCUUGGUAACUGUUAAAGACAGGAUCCUUUAUAUUUAUUUGAAUUUGAAGCAUUACACUUGAUUGUUUGUCCCAACAGUACAAGUAAUAUGUAAUUACAUUUAUGGAUGAAAGGGCUACUCUUGAACAGCAGUGCUAAACUAUCUGUCCUGCCUUUCUCUCUCUCUCUCUCUCUCUCUCGCUCUCUUUCUCCCUGUAGUGAAAGAAAAGGAGGACCUCCACCCUGACGUGGAGUCACAAGAAAUGAAUGAUGACACCUUUUGUGAAUACAGGUGAGCCGUGUAAUUCUGCUCUGCAGAGGAAGGCUGCAGUUCACAAGUAUGCUUAGUAAAAAAAAAAACACCUUUUAUCUCCUUCAAAUGUAUUGUUUUGUGGCAAUAUGAAUCUAACCACCAUACGUGAAAUAUUCCCAAGCUGAGAAACUCAUUUGUCAUGUGUCACUGUGAUGUUUUUCUCUCCCAUCCCAAAAGAAAACCAUGUGUUCAUGAGCAUUUCCAGGAUCAGCCUAGCAGCCAGUGUACUCAUCAUUUAAUGGGCUAGGUAAUCACACUGUGUCGUUAAGAGUAGUGGAUAACAAAAGCUCAUUAUUUGUCCCCUUUAGUUUGAAUUACGUGCUUUUACUUGAAUGUCAGACUGUGAUCUGAACAUUGGUCAUGUAGACAUUAAUACUUCUUUUGUCCUUUGUCAUACUGUGUGUGUGUGUGUGUGUGUGUUCAUGUGGUUGUGUUUGCCUCACUGUGAUAUUGUUUUCUUCUUGUUUUAACCCCCAACCUCACUCCUUAAACUCAUCCAUUUAUCCAUCAAGAUAAUAUGCGGCUAAAAUUAACGUCGUACAAAGAACAGCGAGGGUUUGGUUUGAUAGAAACAGGGGGACUAAAAUGAAUUAUGAAAAUGUCUAAGGUAUGAUCACAUUAGCCUUCAGUACAUCAAUGUUCCUCUCGCCCUCUGCUGUUGAAAGCGAUGACAUAUCACAUGUCGAACAUGGGUAAUAAAUACGCACAAAUAAACCCUGCAGCAGUGACUCCACAGAUGGGAUAGGCUUCAAAUGAAUGUUAGAAAGAUGUGGGGUUGUGUGACUGCACUUUGCCACCAAGAAAUGUCUCAGACAACAGCUGUAAUGUCAUUAAUAAUUCAGACUCAGAGAUCAGCUGCCUGCUGAACUCAUAAAGGUUAUGUUUUAGCCACUUCGACUGUAGAAACAUAAAUUUUGGCCAACUGGUUGGUGGUGAAAGAUGAAAUGUUGCUGUCGGAUGUUGUUGAUGCUGAAUAACAUUUUGAAUGAAUGUGUCUGAGGAAGUUCUUGAAUACUUUCCACGUUUUAAUUGCAAUAGAGAAAGCUUCCUCUGCAGAUGGCAACAUUGAUUCUAGAUGUACAGUAAUGGCUGAUAGAAAACAUCUUACAUUCACUGAAGCAGGCAUAAACAAAGCAUGGCAAAUGGGUGAAAAAAAAAAAAAUCAGAGCCUUUAAGCCUGAAGCAGACAGCUGUUGUACUUCAUAAUAGCUGUUGAAUUUCCAUUGUUUGCAUUGUUUAGCUGCUCAGUGACAGUUUAGGGAAAUCGACUGAAUCCUAUUUUGCUUGACAGCACUGCAGGAACUGCGUGGCAAUGGCGUGUUGGUUUGUGCACACGCAACAGAAAUCACCUAAAAUAGCCUUUUCUGUCUGCUUUGAUUCUGCUCGUCAUCAUAUUAUUCAGAACAUGAUUACUCACCAUUGUGUGGUUGCUGCCAAUUGCAGCCCUGUGGUUCUUGCCAAGACUAUAAUUCUAUUAAACAGGGAAGAAUGCAUUGUUCUGUUGUAGAUUACAGAGUAUUUGAUAGAUCGUAGAUUCAUUUAAGGAUGUAAUAAGCUGGUUUUACUGUCCUAUACUGACCCUGUGACUAGAUUUAUGUGCACAUAUAAAAGGCUUAUUGAUCAAUACCAAUGACUCAGUGACUGCCGUAAACAUGCUUUGUUUGUUUACAAACAGACUUUCAGAAUAUGUUUAACAAUGAUAGAAAGCACUGCUUAAUGCCUUGCAAUAAAUAAAUAUUACCAUACAUCAAUUAUGAGAGGAGUCCCAUUAUGAUUAUUAUUUAAAAUUAUUCUCGGUCAUAAUUGAGGCUCAUGUUUCACAUGUGUGAUGAAACUAAUGAAUAACAAGGAUGCGUUUAAAUCCAGUGGUCAUUUCUGUUGUGAAGUAUUUUAUUAACCAUGUAAAUAAUUGAAUUCCUUAUUUCAUAUCUAUUAAUCCUUUUACAGUACAGCUCUUGCAUGAGAAGAAGCUGCAGAGAUAUGAGCCUGUGCAGAUGCCUGGCUGCAGCUCUCUGUUUAAAAUGCCUCUCAUGUUUGGUUUCAUGAGGCUGUUCUGACUACUGUCCCCCCAGAGUGCCCUUAGCCGCACUGUGAUGUUGUUUUCCUGGCUUUAGAGCUGGAUUCAGGGCUCUCUUGUGCCCUUUGAAUCUCUGAAGGCAAUAGACCACCCACUGGUAUGCCACGUGUCUGGGGAGCCGACAAGUGGUAAUUAUGCUUCAGAUGAUUUCUCUUUGGAGACGGGUCUCUGCCAUCUCGCCCCUCUGUCCACUGCUAGAACAGUAGGUGUCAAAGCUCGGCAGACUCUUAGCCAACAGUGUGAUGCAAUUUUUUCCCCUAGCUUGUUUAUCUGUAUAUAUACCUCCACUCCUCCCCACUCAUCUGAGCCUGAAUCUUUCACAGUUGUAUGUGCAAUUCUUAAGAUGGCUGCAGAUGUGGCAAAGUUUUCUUCCAGACACCGUCAGACCAAAAUAAAUACAAUUUCAGGUGCAAUGUUUAGGGGGAGGAGGCUGCUAUCUGGAGAUUCAAUGCUGCCCCCAAACCAAGUCAGUGCGGGUCAAUGGCAAGACGGAUUUAAUUACAUUCUGCCCAGCGAUGUGCCUCUAUCGCUUACCUGUUUGUGAGGCAUGAGGAAAGCCUUUUUCCAGCAACAGCUGAGUCUGAACUGGAUCUUGACCAGCGACUUGAAUGAGAGCUGGGGCUCAAAGCACUCAGCCCCAUUUUAUCACCAUAUUCAAAGUCACUGUGGGUGGGCUGCGGCAGCUCUGAGAUAACAGCCACUUAUCUUCAGCGCUCUAGAGUCGUCAGAGAAAGAAGGUUUGAUAAGAGUUGAAAUGCGGACCUUAUGUGGCUUGCAUGGUAAACGCCCUCAUGAAAUAGAACAGAUAAGAUUGGUUAUUAAAAAUCCCUGUGAAGGAGACCUGAUUUGUAAUCUUUGCUAGAGUCGUGCCUGUGCGCCGAAACGCUCCUCAAAAUGUCGAGCUUGUUUUAUUUGACACAGGUGUCAACUACAGUACGCCUCAAAUGGCACUAUCAUAUAGCAGCCAGCAAAGCGUCGUCUCUGAACGCAGACAGUCUGUGUUAUGAAUACUAAACCAAAGGAGGGAAAAAGAAAGAGAGAGAGAGAGAAAGAAAGGUGUUACCUAACAUGGAAGGUUUGGGGAAUUAGAAAAGGGGACAGGGAGGAAAAAUAUCCUCAGUGUUUUGAGGUGACCCUGCGUCUUGUAGCGAGACACCUGCAAGUUGGCCACUUGCCCAGCGUUAAAUUGGCAUCUAAUCUCCUUGGCCUGCGUGUGGGCCCCUGGGGAAUACCAGGAAUGACAGGCUGUUUGUCUGGGAUUGCAUAUGGCCCACCUCCUCCCUCCCUCUUUCUCAAUCUCAGCCCCUUCCCCACACAUACACACACUCAUAAAAACACACACAAACAUACCUCCCACCCGACUUCUUUCUCACUGCACUCUGGCAAUUUCCAUCGCUGGUUCUAAAGAGAUUUGAAAUUGCCUUUGGUCCUGAAGCCUUGGCAAUUAGCAAUUAGUGGAGUGAUUGUAGCAAGCCCUCCCCGCCUCCCUUGUGCUUCCUUUUUGACUGUGCAGCCGCUGCAUCCUCCCCCUGCCUGCCUGCCGCCUGUAGUAAUAUAUUACAUGUAUGUGUGUGUGUUAGUGCAGCCGAGGAUUUAAUAGUCUAUGUGCUCUUUACAGGCCGGUGGUUGCGUGUGUAGCUUUUGGUUAUUUGUGAUAUUUGUUGUGUGUCAAAGACAGCCUCUUAGAGCUAUGUAUGUUGCAUCAGAACAUCUGCCUGGCUUUUUAUACGAUGUGUUUGUUUAUGCACUGCACUGCUGACCCUGGCCAUCCUUCUCUGUUCCCGUUGAUGGCAGUGACAGCGAGGAGAAGCCACUGAAGGGCAGCAGCUUGUGUUCCCUGAAUGGAGAUGACACGGCAGGGGACAGCGUCAGCAGAGACAGCCUGGUUGACUACGCAGACGGUGGAGGAGAAUUCAAUGAGGACGGUUCAUUUAUUGGAGAAUAUUCCGGACACAAGCACGGCGGCUCUGUUAGUGAGCCCAGCAGACCCGGCCCAGUCACUGCAUAAAGCUGGGCUCCGGUUGAAAUGGUCUGCUUCAAAUCCUUUCAAGAUACUUUUCAAAUUCAGCUUCCCUGGCAUUAAGAGCAGCUGGAAUAGCCAAAUAAGAGGGAAUAAAAAUGACUCGAAUGUGCAGAAGUUUUUACAACAGGCAGAACUUUGCCCAAGGACUGGGAAGAAAUAAUACACCCACCAUAAACAGCAGUGUGAGUACUGUGUGUGUGUGUGUGUCUGUGUACAUACUGUGAGAGAAUGAUGUGUAUUAUAUGAGUGUUUUAUGAUUUUAUUACAAUAAAGUAUUUUUUGUACCUAUCACAGAUAUAAUCACCUCUUACAAAGUGGGCAGAACAGUUUUCCACAGCAUUAAUGAUACGACAGUUACACAGCUUGUGUACCUAAAUUUUUUUACACUGCUGAUCAAAUAAAAAGUAUACCAGCAACUUCUUACAGUGCAAACCAUUAAACCAGUCAUCUAUCACACAGGGCAGAAUGUGUAUGUUACUGUAAAAUGCAAUAUCAUGAAAGCGAAACAAUGCAAGAUUCAUGUAUUUCUUUAACUGUAAAUAUUUUUGAAUUUUUAAGGACAAUAACUUAAUAAGAAUGUAAAUGUUUGUACCUUUUUCAUUCAUAUUUUUAAAAAUUUUGUCAGGAAUCAAUAACAUAAAGGUUAUAAGAACACAAGAACAAGUCUGGUAUCAAACAUAACCACGCCUUUGUUGGUAAGUGGAAGUACUGCAGAAAGACAUGUAUAAAUGUUUGCAGGGAAACUUAGCAGGAAGUUAUCAGCUGUAUUUAUCUCUGGGAUGUAAUCAUAAAUACAUUUUUACAUUUUGUGUUGGGGUCUUGUCUCACCAGUGUUCUGAAAAGUGGAAAAAAAUCUUCAAGUUUUCACACAAAGAAUCUUAUACAUCACCUUGACAGUUGUCUUUGCAACAAGAUGAACUGAGGUAAUAUGAAGCAGCAGCUGCUGCAUCUACAGGCAGCAGUAAAACAAAUGCUGUGGUGCUGACUCAACAGGGGUUUGAGGACUGCAGAAAGAAACCAGAUCCUACCCAAAGAUAAAACAAUAACUGACAAAAUGUGCUUUGACUAAAAACACACAAAACUAUUAGUGCAGGGACUUCUCUUGAAGGAAUAAAAAAAGGUUCCUGUAGCCCACUGUUGUCUGAAGUCCUGGGUCAGCGAUGCAAAUUAGGCCAAUGGUAUUCCCAGACUGUAUUUGGAGAUGAAGUUACUCACACAGCUCUUCACUCGUCUUUUUUUUUAAUUUACAAAAAGCUGUUACAAAUCUCGACAGCAGGUAGGCUGUAUUUGCUCUUUGAAUAACAUCUGGUUAUUAUAAAUAUCUGCUCUUGUACCAUUGCUCUUUGGUGCUUCUACUUGUUCAACUCCCUCUCUACUUUGCUGGUGUCAGUGUGUGUAAAUUGUACACCAGCUAUAAAGUAAACAAGAUUGUUUCCUAACAAUAAUAACCACCGAAGCUGCUUUCACACCAAACACAAAUAAAAUCAUUUACUUGCUUUGUAUGUGAAAAUCUGGAUGCCUGAAUGUUCUGUGUUUACUCACUUAAUUCGCGUGAUUGACUCACUCAGGGUGACGGCAAACUGUCUUGACUGGUUUAUCUUCCUUUUUCCAUAUAAAUAAACUUACGCCAGUCCACUUGUUGACGUACGUCACCAGGGAAUCUCCAUGCAGAUUGGUUAUCCCUGUGCGGAUAAUAUGCUUGAG